AUGGGCCAGGUAUUACCCUUGAGUGGACGAUGGUCUGGCGAUGGACCUGUGGGGGCCAUUCUUCUUUCACAGCAUAAAAGCUGGCUGCACUGCAAGCAUGAGACACAGUCAGAAUUGGACAUUGCACCCACCCACCUUGUAUGUUAUUGGCUCUACGCGGAGGUAAGCGGGCAUAGCACAUGUAUGUCCUUGCAGUGGAAUUAAUAAGUCAGCAUUGAUUAAUGCUGUGAAAUUAAUAUUUUGGGCCAGGGAGGAAUUUGCCUGCAGACAAAUUGGCCCUGUCUGGGGCUUUUUGCCUUCCUCACAGUAAGUGUCAGAACUUUUGGUGAAAAAAAAGGCAUUGGGUUGGAUACUUAGUCUAAGCUAAGGGGUUGGAUGCAUGGCUGGGUGUGCCCCACCCUCUGAUCUAGUAUCAAAUUCAGGGUACCCCGGUAAAGGGGUCCAAGGGUAGGGUUCUGUCCAAAAGCCCAAACGGGGCUAACAAGCCAGAGAAUACAAUGGUACCUUGGUUGUCGAACGGCUUUGCUCCCGAACAAAUUGGCUCCCAAACGCUGCAAACCCAGAAGUGAGUGUUCCGGGUUAUGUGCAUUUUACAGAAGCUGAAUGUCCAACGCGGCUUCCGAUUGAGUGCAGGAAACUCCUGCAGCCAAUCGGAAGUUGCGCCUUGGUUUUUGAACCAUUUAGGGAGUCGAACGGACUCCCGGAGCGGGUUAAGUUUGACAGCGAAGGUACCACUGUACCCCCAAAUUGAGACUUUGUGGGAUUGCCCUAUUUGAUUUGCAUCAUGGGGGUGGUGGUCCUUAAUCCUAGGAUCGACCCCAAUGGAAUUAUCAGCCAGCAACAGGGUUGGCUGAUUCAGGAUACAUACCAAAUGCCUAUGUCAAAGCCAACUUACAUCUGUAAUCAAUAAAGUUGUAAGCGUUUCGAUCCCAAGCUGGUGUUGUGGCAUUUCCACUCCUUGUACACCUCCACCCCCCACCCUGGUUGCCCCCAGUCUGCUGGGCAUUGGCCCACAAAUUCCAUCUUGUUUUUGUGGUUGUUGUUUGCUUUAGGCUAGCAAAAAACUAGCUCUUACUCUGGAGCAAUACUAUAAGUAUGCAAAUUCUGAAGGUAGACAGAGAUGGUUGUCAGGAAAAUGACAAAUAGAUCCAUGCAAUAUGAUUGUUUAUAUAAAUAGAAAGUACUUCCACCCAUACAUCCUUUGCCUUUCAUGGUUGCGGUCCACCAUGGUGCAUUGAUUACACUCUGGAAAGUUCCUCAAUUCUCUGAUAAGAGUUUUUGAGAAAAGCAGAGCUCUCUGCUUGUAAACAGAAGUGCAUUUUACUUAGAGAGGGGAAAGAUGGAUCCAAACCAAUGUUUCCAUUGGUCUUUCACCUGGAAAUUAUAUCUAGACAUUUGUACUGUUAGUGUAAUUCUAAUGCAGCUUGACAUGAUCAUGAUCAUUACAUUAUCUAAGAAUAGAAACUUAUAAUGUAUCCUCUGAGAUGGCAUAAAGGCUCUAUUCAGUUUUCCAUUAAUGUGUUUUUAUGUUAACAGCAGCCAAUUAGUAUGUACUUUUAUUUAGGAAGUAUCUAAAUAAUAAUUGGGAAUUUUUGCUUUAAAUCAUUGAUUUAAAUUGGCCUUUUUUCCUUGGUGAUCUAAAUUGCUGAGGUAAAUCACCUUGAUCUUUUACAGCCUAUAAUUCUAGGGUCAGAACUAAAUUACUUUAUUGAAAGAGUUAUAUACCAUACGCUGUACCUUAAUCUUUCUUAAGAAAGGCAUUAAAUACAGACUUUUUUCAGAAAUCCCGUUUAAAAAGGAUAUUGGUCUUCAUUAUUAGCUCCAACAGAUUGCCUACACUCACAGAAAUAUUUAGGAUAGAGAAUAAUAAUAAUUCUAGUACAGUGGUGCCCCGCAAGACGAAUGCCUCGCAAGACGAAAAACUCGCUAGACGAAAGGGUUUUGCGUUUUUUGAGUCGUUCCGCAAGUCGAAUUUCCCUAUGGGCUUACUUUGCAAGACGAAAUGUCUUGCGAGUUCUUGCGAGUUUGUUUCCUUUUUCUUAAAGCCGCUAAGCCAUUAAUAGUCGCUAAGCCGCUAAGCCGUUAAUAGCCGCUAAGCCGCUAAGCCACUAAUAGCCGCUAAGCCGCUAAUAGCCGUGCUUUGCAAGUCAAAAAAACGGCAAGACGAAGAGACUCGCGGAAUGGAUUAAUUUCGUCUUGCGAGGCACCACUGUACCAAUAUAGGUGAUGUGGCUGUACAUCCCUAAAGGCUUGCCUUUCCCAAUCUGGAGCAGUGGAUUUUUGCAACAAAUAAGGAUGCCAGUCCAAAUUUUGGCAAGUUCCAACUGGGUGUCAGUUCAUGCAAUAUUAUUCAUUUGUUGCUUUGAGAAAGGCCCCGGUUGUGGUCUGACAUAAAUACAAUAAAAAAUAAAAUCCCAACGAUGGAGGAAGGAACUGUGCUUCUGUGACUCCCAUCCUGCUCAGAUAACUGAGGAUCCCUGAGCUGCUUUCCCCCACCCACAUUUUUACAGCUACAAUAAAGUUGUAAAUUUUUAUUUAUUUGUCUAGAGAAGGUGAAACAUCAGGUCUUAUAACUCACUGCACAUGUUUACAUGUGUCCGUGAUUACCCAUUUGUGCUCAAUAGGGUUUAUUCCCUAGUUAAUUUAUUUAGGAUUGUAUUUUUGAAUGAAUAGUAGCUCCUAAAUCACAUAUCAAUAUCCUUUUUAGUAUUAUGUAAUGAUUUUGUUUAAUUGCUUUACAUAAAAGUAGAAAAAUAUUUUGCAGGCCAUUAUAAACCAGUAAAAAUAAUCACUCAUUUUCUAGGAAAUGUCCCAUGAGUCACCAUAAUUGUUUAAUUUUCUUUGCUGUUUAAAAAUUAAAACACUAAAAUUAUCACAGGAAUUUCUUGGUAUUCAGAGUAGUUAGGCUAAUAGGUAUUGAUCAUUGCUUUUUUUUUUAAUUCUGAUGUAAAAAUAAUUAUCCAGUAGCCUUUUUUGGUUUUUUGUUGCUACUUUGGAUGGAACUUUAAUCUUGUCUGUUCCUUUUGCAUGUAGUUCUGUAAUAAUGUUUUUAAGAGAGGACUUUGGCAAUUAUAUUUCUUCUUUAUUUUGACAUUGGGGUAGCCAUUUGUCAUCCUAUAUAGCAGCCAACAUGGUAACCUUCAAAUGUUCUUAGACUACAGUUCUCAUCAGCUUCAAUCAGAGCUCCAACCAGCAUGGGUUAGUGUUCAAGAAUAAUGGGAGUUGAUUCCAAUAACUGCUGUAGGGCACCAUACUUUGCUAUAGCAAACUUUUUAUAAACAGUUAUUGCAAAUGAGGUAAUAUUUAAUCAUAAUAUACUCUGCACAGUAAGUUCGCUAUUAGGAAAAGUGGCAUUUUUUCCUCACGAAGUGUUAGCUUACUUUAAGAACACUGUUCAAAUGGAAAUUAACAACUUAUUAAAAGUAAAAUAAAACAACUUUAGCACAUGCUUCCUAUCAUGCCUGAAAAAUGAAUGGAAUGCAACAGAGUUUUGUAUCCAAUAUAUUUUCCCCAUUCAUUAAAACAUUGUCACAUUCAUUGUUAAAAUAACAGAAAAGAGCACCAGAUUUGUAGGAAUGCUGGAGAAAGUUUACAUAUUAAGAGAACUUCUUAUAUCAGGAGGAAAAAUAUAAUGAUACACAUAAUACAAUAUUCUUCCCCCUUUCUGCUCAACUAGUGAAAAUAGUAUGUUUAGACGACAAGCUAAACAAUAUUGAGUUUUCUGAGAUCUUUGCUACCUUAUUGCAGUAUAGAAUUAGGAGGCUGUUUUGAUUAAUCUUUAGUUUUUGUUUAUUCACCCAGGUAAUUACUACUUAUUGAAAGUGCCAAGUGUCAAUAUGUACCAUUCCAUCACUGAAACUAGCCAUCCUUUACAAGCUGAAGAGCAGGAAAUAGGCAUUGAUCCCCUGCAAAGUUAUGUGAACAAGCCUGAUGAAGGUGAGUUGAUCAUUUUUACACUUAACAUUUUAGAAAAUGUAUGAGAAUUUUUGAAUGGCUAUGUGUUUAUGAUGUCUUCCAUCUCCCCUGCCCCAAACAAAACAUAACUGAACAGAAAUGUUUUAAGAAACAUUUCGCUGUGUGUGUUGAUCAUUCUGGCCCUAACGAAAACCAAAAACAUUCAACUAUUUUCAUACUGAAACACUAGUCAAAUGUUUAAUUCCCUCUUAUCUUUUCUUAUCAUAAACAAAACAGUGAUAUUGAAAUCCACUAUAGGAAUCAUGUAAAUACGAGCUCUUUAACUCCCCCCCCCCUCCCGAUUUCUUAUUACCAAAACCUGGUCGUUAUUUUAUGUUUCCUAUUAUUCAUUUGGUUUUCUUCGUGCUUUUGUAAUUCAUUCGGUAAAAUAAGAUUUAGCAAUUCCCUAUUAAAUUUGAAUUUGGCAUUGUUAACACAAUCCAAGCAGAACCUUCCAAUCUCCUUGUACCUUUAAUUGUUAAUCAAAGCUGUCAACUUUGACACUCCUGUCCUAAUAUAUUGUGUGUGAUGUUCAUUUGUUUCUCAAGCUAAACAAUAUUGUAUACUACAUCUUAAAAACACUCAGGAAUCGCCAACAAAGUAAAAGCACAGUGAAAGAAUAAAAACAAAAACAGUUAAAAUGCUUGCAGUAGUAAAAACACACUGUAAGAUGUAGAGGGGCAGGGGAAAAAUACUGAAGAGAAAGGAAGUAAUUUCAGUCUCUUAAGUUCAACAGAGAUGAUUCCAGCAAGGACAUGGAGAUAGUAAGCCACAGCUGAAAAGGCUCUCACUCUCACCUCAUUCCUGAAAGUGGACCCAUAAGGAUCAUAAUAUUUGGUCAGGUUGAUGUGGCCACACACCUAGAUUUAUGGUGAUAUAUUGGCAUACUAUUUAUUUUCAGGCCACAGAUUUUCAGAAUUGAAGGUGAAAUGUAAUAGAAGUGCAAUGAAAAUAUAGUACCUUGAAUGAUGCAAGUUUGUUAGUUGAACCUCCUACUUAUCUGCUACUACUGACUACUAUUUGGUUCUUCAGAUGCUCUGCCCAUACAUAUACAAUACUUAGAGGGGUAAGCAGGACCACACACCCCGAGACUCAAUCUCAGUGUGGCUGGCCCCCUGACCUCAGCACAUUACAGUGAAGCAUUGGAAAGGAGUGUCCAUGCAAGUGUAGCUAAAUGUGCAUAGGCAUCCUUUUCAGAUACUCUGCACAACAUACAAAGGCUACUUGUGUAAUAGGACUUUUAAUUCUCUUCUCCCCCUCCAACCCCCUGUGUGCACUCAGAAUUUGCUUCAUGGAGUAGGAAAUGAAGGAGAAGCCCCAUUGUGUGAGUGGAUGCCCACUUAUGCUAUGUUGGAUCUCAGCCUCUGUUGCUGAAUGUGGACAAAUGUGGGUCUUAAUAAUUGUGGCUAUUUGUUGUUGUUUAGUCAUUUAGUCGUGUCCGACUCUUUGUGACCCCAUGGACCAGAGCACACCAGGCACUCCUGUCUUCCACUGCCUCCCGCAGCUUGGUCAAACUCACACUAUCCAACCAUCUUGUCCUCUGUCGUCCCCUUUUCCUUGUUCCUUGUGCCCUCAAUCUUACCCAGCAUCAGGGUCUUUUCCAGGGAGUCUUCUCAUGAGGUGGCCAAAGUACUGGCACCUCAGCUUCAGGAUCUGUCCUUCCAGUGAGCACUCAGGGCUGAUUUCCUUAAGAAUGGAUAGGUUUGAUCUUCUUGCAGUCCAUGGGAUUCUCAAUUGUCUCCUCCAGCACCAUAAUUCAAACACAUCAAUUCUUCGGUGAUCAGCCUUCUUUAUGGUCCAGCUCUCACUUUCAUACAUCACUACAGUGGUGCCCCGCAAGACGAAUGCCUCGCAAGACGAAAAACUCGCUAGACGAAAGAGUUUUCCGUUUUUUGAGUCGUUCCGCAAGACGAAUUUCCCUAUGGGCUUGCUUCGCAAGACGAAACGUCUUGCAAGUUUGUUUCCUUUUUCUUAAAGCCGCUAAGCCGUUAAUAGCCGCUAAGCCGCUAAUAGCCGUGCUUCGCAAGACGAAAAAACCGCAAGACGAAGAGACUCGCGGAACGGAUUAAUUUCGUCUUGCGAGGCACCACUGUACUGGGAAAACCAUUUAACUAUAUGGACCUUUGUUGGCAUUAUUUAGCAGCUAAUGCAGGGGAGCAGAGCCACAGAGCUGGCCCUCCAUUCACCAGCAUCACUGUUGCUCAGAGGCAUAGCUGAGGUUGGGGCUGCACAGAUGCCCCAGUUGGAGUGCCAGAUUGGUAGCACUGGCUCAUCCAGUACACCCUCAUAGCCCUGCCCAGGAAAACAGCAGUUAUGCUGGUGUCAGGAGAGUGGCUUGGUCCCACCAUACAAGCCCACUACCGCUGUAAGUACAUUUUGAAAUUAUGAUAGAAUUAUCCUACUUGUUCCUUCCCCGAGGGCACAAAAAUAGGGGAAAUGUUAUGAUAAUCAAAUGCCUUGUUGUUCAUGCCUUGUUGUUCAUAUCUGGCUUAUCAAAAAUCAGUGAUCUUAAUAAUUCAAUGUGUCUUCAAAAAUUAAUGUGCUUUUAUGUAAAUUAUGUUCACAGUUACUCAAAUAUUUGGUUAUCCAAAUAUUUUACAUUACACUAGUCCAACAGAAUGUAUCAUUCAUAUUUAAAAGUUUGGACAUACUAGGAAGCUAUUUUAAUGAAACAUUUUAAAGUUCAUGAUUGCUUGGUUUUUCUCAGCCUACAUCAAUUAAUAGUAUAGAAUAAAAUGUUAGUUCUUAACCAUGAUUUUUAACAUCUUUGGGAAGUAUUUUUAAUCAGUUGUACUUUGUGUGUGUGUGCGUGCGUGCGCAUGUGUGCGUGCCUUGAGCAAUUAGUUACCUAGACACAGAAGACUUUAUAGUUUUUAUCUGAACCUUAACAUUGCUGCAACAUACAAAGUUAUUAGUAUUGAAUUGAUGUUUAAAAGUGCCAUUAAUUCAUUUACCCCAAAUGUUCAUUAACAAUGUAAAUGUAUGCUGAUGUUCUAUGAGACAAGGAAGUGACUAAUGACUCUUCGCACUAACAACACUUAAAAUGAAUAGAAACUUAAGAUAGCUAAUCUUGAAGUAAUCAAGGCCCUCAUUCAGCUUGGCUUCUCUGUAUGCUCUAAAACAGCUGUCAACUGUUAAAAAUAUAUACACAACACACAGAUACGCACAUGCGAAGAUAGAGAUAUGUAAAUACAUGGUUCCCCAAAGUCAUAAAGGUUACCAACCAUAGUACAUUUUUACGUUCUAUAUGUAAAUAUUUUAUAUAAAGCAUCCAUUUCAUCUUCAUGGCUUUUUUACAGUGAAACACAGACUGCAUUUUAAUUUAGUGCCAUAUGCAUCCAAGAUUCAUCAUCUCAGUUUUAUGCUAUUAUUUAAAAUAAGGUAUGCAGCAGAUAUUAGGGGUGGAGUGGACUUUAUGUAAUUUUCCUAGCCCAAAUGUUGCAACUCAGGAAUUCAAUAUCAAGGGGCAGGAUGUGCUCUGUAACGAAGAGAUCAUUGCAUUAUAGGAAUUAAUGAAUCAUGGUAGCAAGUCUGUCACUAUUCAGGAACAACUAUAGCUGCCUCCAGUGACACUGUUGGAUCUCGGAGCAUCCCCAGAAUAUCAUUCAUUUAUUCAGUACGUUUCUAUGCUAUCCUUUAUCAUAACUAAUCUCAGGUUGGUUUACACAUAUAUGAUUAUUAAAACUAUAACCCACAGUAAAACAAUAAACCUGCAGGCUAUAUGUCUAAUAUCUGAGCAUGAGAAGCACCUACAGACUGGAAUCAUUCUCAGUUUAUUGACCUUCAUCCAGCCCACCACUGCAUCCAGGGACUAUUCAGGACUGGUACAACCUCACUUGGCUCAGUUGACAAGGUGAAAUAGUGUUGGGUGUCAUCAGCAUACUCAUAGCAUAGAAUCAUAGAAUUGUAGAGCUGGAAGGGAUCCUGAGGGCCAUCUAGUUCAACACUGCACUGCAGGAAUCUCAAAGCAUCUAUGACAGAUGGCCAGCCAACCUCUGAAAGAGAGUCCAUUCCACGAUUGAACAGCCCUUAUCUUGCUCCACAUCUCUUGAUGAUCAUACCCUGUAGAUUCCUCCAAGGAUGGGGGGGGCAUUGUCAAGGUCAAUAUGUGCAAGGGGUUUGGACAGCAACCGAAAAAAGGUGAUCCAUCAAUUGGCUCAAGUUGCGGGCAGCCAGGUUGGCUUUGGUCCACUUUGCACAGCUUCAGCACCAUUCCACGUGUUGAUACGCACUGACAGCUCCACUGCAAAAUCUCACAUCGUGUGUCAAGGGGGCACAGGGUUGGCAUCCCUUCAAAGGGAAGCACCUCUUCAACUGGGACAAAAAAUAGCAAUUACCAGUGCCACAAUUGAUUUGGAGGGCACCAUAUUGGCUGUCCCAACUAUAAGCAAUGGUAGAAAUACUGCCGACAUUGCUUUUUCAAGAGUAGCCAAGAAAUCAAUAACAGUCACUGGGAGUAUUCCAGUAAAUAUCUCAGAUUUCAUCAUCUCUGGGUGAGUCUCCAUGGAAGCUUCUCAGACUGUGUGUUGCUUUAGUGAUACACCAGAGGUGUAGAAAAGACGAUUGGUGUAUCACUUCUAAACUUUUGUCUUGUAAUAAUGGUAUCUUUAGCUUCUUGAACAAUGUGUGCGUGCCUGUCUUUCUGUCACUCUUUAUUUUCAUGUGUGCUUUUCCUUUUGAAUAUUAGAACAUGCUUCCAUGUGGAUGCUUUAUAAAUAAUUUCAGCACCCCAGGUACAAAUGUUGGUAGGUGUAUUUCCUUGCAUCAUGUGGUGGUUAGAAAUAACUAAGUGUUAUAGCCAACUAUGUAGAUAGAUGCUGAGCAAAACAGGAAAUUCUAAUGCUUUGGCAGGUGUUUAGGAUAUCAUUCAAAAAUAUUAUCUGGAAUAGGAUGCUAAUGGUGAUGAACAAUUCAGGCUGUGUAGAACAUUCGCUGCUGAAACUUAUCCAGUCUGCCAUAUUUUAUUCCCUCUAAAUAGCAGCAAAGCUUUCUUCUGCUGCUUCCAACACCAGAUGCUUACUUAGCAAGCUUUUAAUAGUCAUUUAUUAAUAAUAGCUUCUGUGUAGUUUGCUUUUACUUGAACAGCUACAGAUCUGUAGUGACAAAGGCCAUUGGCAUAUCACUUUUCCACUUAUGUCUUGUAAUAAUUGUCCCUGUCACUUGCUUCUUAAUCAGUGUUGUCCUCUUGUCUUGUAAUCACUUUAAUAUUUCCAUAUACAGUGUUCUUUUUUGGAUAGAGCAUUAAACACAAUGAGCAUCACUGUUAUUUUUUUUUUCAAGAAUUACACUAUAAUUAUAUAUAUAUAUAUAUAUAUAUAUAUAUAUAUAUAUAUAUAUAUGCCAAUUUAAGCAAGUCUGUGCCCCAGUAUUACCUGGACCUUUGCCGCUUUGACAGUGUCUCAAAUAUCUCUGAUAAGGAGCUUAAGACCCACUUUGAAUAUCCUGCUUUUUAUGACCCACUCUAGCAAUUAGCUAAUGAUCUGUGCAUAUAUUGAAAACUAGUUUUUAAAAAAUCCUGAAGUGGUUUUCUAAGAAACCUCCAUUUGUGGAGCUACCCUUAAGGUUGGUGCAGAAAAUGGCAGGUAAGUUCCUAAAUGCAUUCAGUUUAAUAUCUGUUCUGAAAGAACUGCAGUGGCUGCCAGUUAACUAUCAAGCCAAGUAUAAGGUUUUAAUACUGAGCUAUAAGGCCCCAAACAGCUCAGAACCAGGUUGUCUGAAAGAAUAUCUUCUCCUGUAUUGACCAGCCCAGCCACAGCGAUUUGUGGAGGACCUGUUCACUGUACCGCAGCCUGCAGUUGUCCACCACACAGUGGUACAUACCUUGUGGAAUGAUCUCCCCUGGAGAUCAGGCAGGCACUGACUAUUGGGUUCCUACACCAGCAAUUUAAAAUACCCUUCUUCAUCCAAGCUUUCGUUGGCUGCUAAUAAAGGCUUCUGGCUUCCCCUGCUAUUGUAAUUGUGUUGUUUUACUGUCAUUUUAUUGAUUUAGCUUUUUAUUGUUAGAUUUUGUUAGGUUGUUUAUUCUUCUAUAAAAAAAUAUUUUUUAAAAAAUUAAAAGAAAUAAAUAACUCAAGUAAAGUGAACGUAAAGGACCCCUGGGUGGUUAAGUCCAGUUGAAUUCAACUAUGGGGUGCGGCACUCAUAUUCGCUUUCAAGCCAGGGGAGCCGACGUUUGUCCACAGACAGCUUUUCCGGGUCAUGUGGCCAGUGUGACUAAACCGCUUCUGGCGCAUGGGACACCAUGAUGAGUGCCAGAGCGUAUGGAAAUACCAUUUACCUUCCCACCGCAGCAGUACCUAUUUAUCUACUUGUGCUGGUAUGCUUUCAAACUGCUGUGUUGGCAGGAGCUGGUACAAAAUAUGCAGGUACAGAAAAAUAACCACUGUAAUGCUGGAAUGAAGCUUGGAUGGAGAGAAAUACUGAGAAAACAUAUAUUUCUUCUUUGUUUACCCAUUAAUAACAUAGUGCUGAAUUGCUAAUCCACUUCAGUACAGCAGCCAGUUUGGAGAAGGGUGGAGAACUAAGCAGAAAGCCUAAUGUGUGUGUACACUCAGGCUUUCUAGAUUUGUCAUUUAAAUGUUAAGUUGCAGUACAAAUGUCAACAUUUGGACCAGUUGGCUUCAUUCUGUCCUAAACCUCUGUCAUCUAAUACAUAUAAUAUAAUUGCUGUCAUUGUCUUCGGUAUAGCUGUAGGAGGAGGUGUUACUUGGGGACAUUUAAAAAUACCUUCAUAUGUACCUGAUGAUUUUUUUGCCUUUUUCAACACAGUGUGUAUUAUUUAUGGACAAUCUGGCCUUUUUAACAAAGAAAAAUAUGCCUGUGCUUAUACUGCCAUUUCUACAAACAAAACAGCUGAUACUUUAAUGAACACCAUACUGAGGGCCAUGCAGGACAUAAGGCGAAUUAAGCAGGUUACAAACUGCACAUCUUCUAUUUAGAUAUAGGAGAUCUUCCCGAGCCCGAACAAUUAGUUGGACUAAUCAGACAAGCCGACAGUCAGAAACAGAAGGAGACCAUUUGUAUCAAUUUAAACAACAUAGCUGGUAAUGAAGUGAAAUAGCCACACUGAAUAGUUUUCACCUCUACUUGGGCUUGUACUGUUCUAAUAGAAUCUUUAAUCUCCCUAAAAAGAAAUACCCAUGUUUAACAAAAGCCAAUUAGCUGAUGUUGACAAACUUGAGGGUAAAGGGAUAACAUAGCGUGAACCUAGAAUUGUUUAAAAUUCUGGAAUCAAAAGUUGAAUCUUGGUUACCUUGUUUAAAUAGUUGAAUGUGGCUCUCCAUUCAUAAGAGUUCUUUUUAAGUGACAACAAUUCAGCUGUUUAGUGUGGAAUACAUUAAUAAAGAAUCUCCAGCAUUUUGGUUUUGCUCUUUUACAACAUUUAUAUGAACUGUAGAACGAGUACAUUGUGAGUUGCCUUGAUUUCCUUUUUAAAAAUAAUAAAUACAACAUUUAAUUCAUAUAAUGCAGGCAUGUCCAGCUUUCAAGAGACUGUGAUCUACUCCCACUAUAAAAAACACUGGCAGUGAUCUACCCAUCUAAGUUGUUGAGUUUUUUUCGGGGGAGCAUCAGCCGAAGUUGUUGACCAGGAACGCCCUGCGAUAUAAUGCCAUGAAAGUAAUUUCUGAUUAUCUUCUUUCCCAUCAUUCUGUAUGAGGCAAAAUCACAAACCCAUUCAGAACAAUUGCAAAGUUUCUACUAAAAGCAGUAAAAUGGGCAUUUAAAGCAAUGCAUUUUCAAACACGACUAAUUUUAUCAGGUGUGCCAAUGUUUGUUUAAAAUGUCCUUCUGCAUUCCUCUUGUGCACCAUGGAAAUGAUGGAACUAUAUUUCCAUCAAAUGUAUUUUCAUACUGAAAAUUUUUGCAAAAAUAAAUGAGUUGCUAUUCAGAUAUGUUACAUUAGCUUGGUUCACACACCACUUGGAACCACAGUUUAAAUAAACUUUGAUUUAAUGAGAAUGGGCAGCAUGCUUAUACACACUGCUGUAAUUAUGGUCGCUUUACUCCCUCCCUGCUCCUUCCACACUGCCAGGAGAUAAACUCGUCCAGCUUAGCAUUAUGUCCAAGGCCUGGGGUCGUGGUUUAUUUCUCUCCAAAGAAACCACUAGUAACCAAUGUUUGUUCUUGGAUUACUCUUCCUGGUUUCUGGAGAAACAAUUCAGAAGCCCAGAUUCAGAUGUAACACUUAAGCCAGACCAAGGCUUGUUUUCCAGCACAGUGAUAGGGAUAGCGAGCAGGGAAGAAGCAAAGCAACCACGAUUUCACAAGCAGGUUGUGCACUAACAUUAAGUUUAUUUUAACUAUGGUUCAAAGUGAUGUGUAAAUGUGAAAAUUUAAGUUUGCAUGCCAACAUAGUUUUUGAGCUGUGAAUGAUUAAGUCAAAAACAGUAAGAGUUUUAUUAAAUAUAGGAGUAUGCUCUGCUGGAAAGCAUUGAAUUGGAGCUUUUAAAAAGUUAAGGCUGGGAAAGAACAAUGUUGACUACUUGCCAUAUUUAGUAUUUAUAUAACACUUUAUUGAUAACUACCUUAUUUUUAUUUUCAUAUAUUGUGCAGAGGGCGGGGAAGGUGCCUAAAGUCCAACAAGUCCCUUAUAUCUGUGAUGAGAUUUGAUGUGGGAAUUUCCUAGCACACAGUUCAUUCUUAGACACUAGUUUGUCCAGUGGGAUUUAUGAAGUGUGUGUGUUUCUUUUGAGCAGCAGAUUCCCAUGCCAAUGUUGCAAUCAAAUCUUCAGAUUCAAAAAGGGUUUUGGUUUUUACCCUGAGCAAUUCAUGUAGCACAUGUGCAUCUGCUUUUCUGUUUGUAGUACAGAACCCCCAUGUGAAAUGGUCAUCAUAUGUAUUUAAUAAGAUGUUGUUUCAGUCUUGAAGAACAAAUUGCAGCAGGGUGAGGCCUGGACAGAUGUUUAUCACUGCAGUUUGUUAUAAAGGUUUUGUACCAGGUUCUUGAGUUGAAACUUUCAGGCUAGCGAACAGGACUUGCUCACAGGCCCCGCAUAUUCUCCAGGUUGCAAAUAAUUGGGUACAAAAAAUGCAAAAUAAUUGGGUAAAAUUUUAGUGUAAAAUACCCCAAUGUAAAUCAUUCUCUACUUUUGUUUUUUUUUUUACAAGCAAGGUGAUAAUAAAGUAUUAAAAUGAAAACGGUGGGCAAUAGCCAUUGUUGCACAAGGGCACAUGAUAGGGAUUUCCCUUAUCCCUCUGUCACUGAUGCUUCUAGUGCCCUCCAAAUUAUUUUAGAGGUUCUCCCAACCCCAACCUCCUGUGCAGAUUUUGGGGGUGGGGGCUGCAAUAGAAAGGAAGUCCUGUUCUGCUUGUGGAGGUCACUUCCCCAAGAAGCUUACUGUAUAUAGCUGAGGCACUGUGUUAUCGAGGAAACCAAGAAACCUUCUAUGUUAAGACUGAGUUCCCAAACAGGAUCCUUUCAUACACCUCUGUUGGCGCCUUCCAAUAUUUCCCUACCCAUCCCAAUUUUUAACAUUUUUUUUAAAGUUAGGAGGUUAGGAUUUUUGUUUUUUGGCGGGUGGGAGUUGCUUUUUGGGGGAGGAGUGCUUUCUUUUCUGUAUUGGGACAGCUGUAGAUUGUCUGAGCUGUAGAUUGUCUGACAUGAGCAUUUUGUGGUACCCACAGCCAUGGCCCCAAAAGGGUGAGGACUCCUCCGUUAAGUCAUAAUGGAACUGUCACUUGCCUGCACAUCAUCAUGUUUUUCAGUGACUCCCAGAGCAGACCUCUUGGGCUAGUUUGUUAUCUGAGCUAAUGGCUAUAAAGAAAUUUCUGUACAAUUAAUUGGGAAAUUUCUAACAGUUGCAUUUCAUGUAGGGAAAAGGCCAGGGGAUGAAAGGUUGGAUUACUUAAGUUUACUUAAUUACUGUUCCCAUUCUACUUCAUGAUGGUUUUGCUUCUCUGAUCUAGAAAUCUAUACAAUUAAAAUUAGAAAGAGAAAAGUAAAGCUCUCUGUGUGUGAAAUGUAUGGCUAGCAACAUAAUAGUAUAAUAGUAUAUUUUUUCCUGUUAAGAUUUGUCGAACUUUUAAGACUCCCUUAACACGCACAAGGACAAACAACAGUUGGAAAGGAAAGAUGAGAACCAUUUGGUCACCCAAACAUUGGUCUUUAGCAGUUGUUCUUACAGUAUUAAAUCUUUCAUAGUUUUAUCAUUCAUGCUUAUUAAUCUAAGAAUUCAUUCAUGCUUCCAAGGUGAGCUUACAAUUGUACUCUCUCUCUCUCUCUCUACACAUACACACACUAACAAAAUACAUAACGAAGCAUCACAAGAUAAAAACCGGUAGAUCAAAUUCUUGUUUACAGCAAAGUUUUGGUUGUUUGAAUUUUGACUGCAGUUAUGUAUUUCUCUAUAAAGAGCUCUACUCAUUUAAAUGUGCUAUGUUGUUGAAGUCUCUAGUUUGGUUUUGGCAGCAGAAAGAUGAUAGACCCAGUCUGAAGUUCUCUGGGGCUACUGUCUGCACAUGAAUGUCUGCAGGAGUAGCUGCUUUCCAGUUCAUAUGAGUGACCAGGAAGACUUCAUGCCAUGAGCAGAAUCUUCUGUGUUGAAAUGUAUCAGCAAGACCCUGCUCCCAUGAAUCACUGUGUGAAAAUCAGAAGUGCUGGACUGGGUGGUGGUGCCUAUUUUAUGGGAAAAUUAGAAGCUCAAAAGUCUAAUGAGAUAUGAUGGCAACACAAUCCCACAUGUUAAGAAUAUGUUCAUGCCAAACAAGCGUAUGAGAGAGUGGCAACCAUUUUUGUUUAGAAAAUGCAGGCGGGUCCAAAUGUGUGAGGCCAGAGUGCUUGCUAUGCCUGAACCCCCACAAAAAUGUGCACAUCAGAACUGAAUUUCUCCCAGGAGGAUUUGCAUCCAAUCUCAGGGUGCAGCCAAAGGAGAGGGAAAUUGUAGAUGGGUUCAGCAGUCCCCUUAUGCCUGUUCUUCUCUGCACAGAAGAUGCUCUCUGCUCCCCAUUUUAAUAUUUGUUUGACAGUAACCUCUAUUAUAAAACACGAUUGCAUAUAGUUAGACUCUAAGUACACUGCCAUUCAGUUUCCAAUACCAUAUGCCAUAUACUAAAUAAAAAUGUAAAUAAAUGUAAAUAAAAAAAUAAAAUGUAAUUCAUACAGUCUUAGGUGUGGACUUAAUAGAUCAUUGUGAAAAGAACAUGCUAAUAUUUUCCAACUUAGAAGGACUACAAACUGAGCCAUAGAAAUUCAGAAGUGGCUCAGUGGCUCAACACACUUAAUUUUCUUCUCUCUUCCAUUAAGAUAACAUCUGUUCUGGCCACCAGUCAGCAAAUCAAAUUUGAUGAGAAUUCAUCUGAGCGCAAGGUAGAAAUGCCUACUAAUGGACAGAUUUAUGAUUCCUCCCCCUUCUUAACAAACCUCUUAAAUUUUUGAAUUAAAAAGUAAACAGAAAUAACUAUAAGACCUUUAUAAAAGAAAUGAAGUGGCAAACACAUCUUUUUCCAUAAUCAUUCAGUUUAAAACAACAAUUAAAUAAUUAGAAAAAGCAGUAUUAGUAAAAAUAGAGAAAAGUUUAACUUCCUUUGGAGUUUACAGAUUGGAUACACACAAACCAUAUUUUUCCUUAUAUCUCAGUAUUCCAGUGCACUGAAUUACGCAGAACUGGUAAUGUUUUAAUUAUGGUAAUUCCAAAACUUUGCAUUUACUUUUUCUUUGCCCUUUCCCCCUUAUUGCUAGAUUGAUGUAUAAUAUGUUCUGCAUAGGUGGUGUAUUAAUUACGACUUCACUUUAUUUUAUAAACAUUGCUAAUAAAAAUAUAUAGGUAGUACUCCAUCAUGCCAACUGGGCAUGGUGGGGUGGGUGGGUGGCUGCACACACCAUUCUUGUUGCUGGAUCAAAGACUUGUGGUCAGUAGUGAACAGAUGGUGCUGAUCACCUAUUUGGAAAGGUGGAAAGAUGGUGGGACUAGGCCUGCUUCCAGCGGGUGAUUGGUGUAGUCAAAGCUGAAAACGCUAGCCAUCUGUUGAAUGGGGCUUUGGGCAUAGGUAUCUCUGGAUCGUGGCCCAUUCCAGUAAAUCAUUUUCAGAUGUAACUUGAUUAUGCAAAGUAUUUUCACAUGCACUUUCUUUUAUUUAAAUCCACAAUUACUGAUUCGUAAUGUGCAGACUUCUACUUCUCCGCCUCCCCACUUGGGACAGUAUGUCAUCAUUCCACAACCUCCCUGCCCCCUCAACUGUCAUCUUGCCCCUCUGCUUUCAAUGCCAAAUUUCUAGCUUAGCACAUGGGGGUACAGUGACCUUCUGUUUCAGUACAGGAUGUCCUUGAGCAGCACCAUUAUAAACAUCUGUUGAUAAUGGAAAAUUUCACUAUAGUGGAAAGUUGGGUAAAGAUAGUUUCAGGGUUAUGUGUCCCUACACAUUACAUGCAAUACAUAAAUAGAUAUGUUGUCUUUGCAGGUAUAUUUACAACUAAUUUCAGAGUGUACAUUGUAAGUGUUUGAGGUGACACUGGGCACUUAAUUUAGCACCAAUAGCAACUUUUAGGCAUUACUGUUGGCAAGAUGCAGGACCACCACAUUCACAGGGCAGAAGCAGAGCUACAAGUUCUGCAGAAUGAGGUUGUAAAAUUGUCAAUUACUUCACAUUGCGGUUGGUACUUAUAUUCUAGAAUGCAAGUAAAAGCUCCCGGACUGUUUUAAACCAAGAUGUGAUAGUUUUCUGUGUAGAAGGAGAAUUUUAUGUGAGGAACUAUGGUAUUCAGAAAUGUGAUUUCCCAUUUUCUGUCUGAAGUAGCAUGAAUCAGAAUUUGGCCACCUUAUUCUGUACAACUUAGACCAGGACCACAUAUGCAGCAGAAUGAAGUGAGAAUGAAGUGGCAGGAUGGACUGCAAACGGCAUUUCCCCCCCCAAAAAAAUAUUUUCCCCUAAAUUUUAAAAAGGGAUCAUUUCAAAGUAGAAGACUAACAUACCAGCAUGUGCUAGGUAUUCUGUUUGUGCAGGACAACCUGAAGCCUAAACUAGCUCUACACUUCACUCUUAGCAUUUUCAGAUUCUAUUGCCUCUCAAUACUGAAUUGUGGACUAAUUAUUUUUAUUAUUAUUUAUUUCAUAAAAUUUAUACCCCACUUGAUUCUAAAAAGAAACCAAAUCUCUAGACCAUAGUUCAUACUUACGUCCAGUGGCAAAGGAGCCACUGCAUGGCUGUUCCUGUGCACUGAUGGAAAUAAUGUGAAAAGUCCUGGACCACGCAUGGGGAAAAGCCCACCAGUGACUUCUUCCCUCUCCAAUAUCAACAUUCCAGAAAUUGUUUUGGUGUCAGCAUACAGAAGAGCUCUGUUAAGGCUGUCAUCUCACAUGGCUUGGGGCUUUUAUAUUACCCGUGCAUUGCAAGAAGAAGGAUUGCAGAAACUCCUGCGCAGCUAAAGUAAUUUAAGAACCCAUGCUUGGCUCCCAGACAAUUGCCUGGAACGGCAUUUUUGGUGAGUAUGACGCGGAAAAAGAGAAAAGGUACUGUGCCACUUCUGCUAACAUCAGAUGUUCAAAACUCAUGGGGGAGGUUCUAAAAAUAUGCUUCGUGCAAAAUGAAGUCUUCAGAAAACAGUAGAGUUAGGGUAUGUGUGUGUUCUCUCUCUCAUAGACAUUUACAUCAGAUUUUAAAAUAAAAAAAUAAAAUUAGCAUUAUUCCAAAGGGAGGUUUUAAAGGUGACAGCCUGUCCAUUUGGACAGAGACUGAAGGAAGAAUUGCAUCAGGACAGGCUGGUGAACUAACACAACUGCAGGUUCAUCUGAUCUUCCAUUUUAAUGUAUUUUUUUCAUCUGCAUAAGUUAUGCUCUAAUAAAAAUUAAAGAGCAAGUUGCAUUUGGAAGAUCAGGUCAUCGUAAUUCAUUGACAUUAGGCCACAUAACUGAAUAAUGUCUUACUUCAGUGAAAUACAUCAAAUGAGAUCAACAAUUAUGACUCAUAAACAUGCCUCGCAGGCAUAAAACAGCAGGGAAUUAGCAUGUGAGGCUGAUAAAUAUGCAUGUAAAUAAGCUCCCAAAGGAAUAACAUGGGUUUGAUUGAUAGGUUUAGAAUUGGAACAUAUGUAAACCCCUUUAUUCCUCAUUCUGGUGUAGCUAAGUAAAGAUGCACUUUACUUGUUAAAAAGUUUCAAUAACUUUGUAAAUCUUUCCUUCACAUCUGUGUGCGUGUGUGACUGUCACUUGUAAGAUGAAUUGAACUGUCUGUAGGGAAGAUGGCCUCCUCCUGGAACACAAGUGUAGAGCCAUCUUUGUAGGAAGAUUGUUUUUACAUAGCCCUGAAUCGUAGCUCAGUUGGUAGAGCUUGAGACUCUUAAUCUCAGGGUUGUGGGUUCCAGCCCCAGGUUGGGCAAAAGAUUGGGCUAGAUGACUCUCGUGGUCCGGUUCAUUUCUAGGAUUCUGUGUUGAAAUGAUGUGUAAACAUAUUUUGCCCAUAUGAUCAUAUAGUUUUAUCUUAAUGUGUAUGAGUUGUUAAGGUUUUCCCCAAAACUUUUUAAUUGGUGAGGUAUAGGGUAGUAUUAAAUUCUUCAGGUGACAGUGUUCUGUAACAGUUUUCUGAAACGCUUUUGCAACAAGAAUAUAGCAGCCUCUGUCCAUCUUUAUAAGUAGAUAGUACACAAAUUGCUAAUUUGCCCUGAUAAUUUUUUUACUGUUUUAUUGCUGUUUUGUUUUAUUUCAUUUUUUGCUUGAUUAUGUUUUAAGGAUUAAAUUUUGUAACCUGCCCUAGGAUGCUUUUCUUUUCUUUUUUGUAAUGAGCAGCAGGCUAUAAAUACUUUAAAUAACUAAAACAGAUGUGACCAAGAUCUGGUUAAAAGGAAGUUUGUGUAGCUCAGUGGCACUUCACAUGCUUUGUAUGCAGAAUAUUCUAGGUUCAAUACCCAACAUUUUUAGAUAUGGCUAGGAAAAGCUGUUUCAACCCUAGAAUGUAGCUGCCAAUCAGCAUAGACAAUACUGAGCUAGCUAGAUCAAUGAUCUGACUUAGUAAAAACUAGCUUUCUGUGUUGUUUUGAACUGUUUUUAAGCUAUUUUCACAGCCUUGAGAGGUAAGGGAUAGGUAACAACAACAACAAUUCCAGCAGCUUCAAUCUUAAAUUAAGAUUAUUGGCAGCUGGGGGAAAUGGUGAAUACUUUCUUUCCACGUAUGAUCUCACAUCUCCACUUGUUUUCACUAAAGAGGAAGUUCUACCAGAGGUCAGCCCUUGCUAGAGUAAAACAUCAAAAUUUAAUACCUUUAUGUCUUCAGAAUGCCUAACAUGUCUUGCACAACACCACCAAGAGAACUGAUUUUCACUAAAACAAACUUCCUUAUUGCCCCUUUCAAAACAUCUUUUAAAUAAAAGGUUUAUCAAAUUGCAGUAUUUCUAAUUAUUUAUAGAAGUAUCAGAACUCAAUGUAUUUUAAGAAUAUUAAAAGAUUUAAAUGGCAUGUGCUACAUGGACCAUCUAGGUAGAGUAGGGGAUUUGAUUGUAACUGUAAUUUUUAUUCUAAUGUAAAUUCAUCACGAUUUUGUGUGAAACUAUUUGUUUAGACUGAAUGUCAGAAUUCUUGUUUCCCCACCCCUAAAAUAAUGUUGAUUUACCAAUUGAUUCUUUUGCCUUAUUUUAUGCUAAAUAGAUAAUUUGUAAUUUAUAUCUCUCAAACAAUUCCCAGUUGGAUUUUUCAUGCACUGAAAAGUCAGAUGCCUGACAUUACUGUGCAAAGUUAAGUGCUUGGGGUUAAUGAACAGCAUUAAAUUUUAUGAAGCCAUGUCCACUAGAUGUUAAAAGAAGCUUAAGGGAACUUUCUAACAGAUAAAAAAUUAGCAUUGGCACGGAAGAAUGCCUGAGGGAGCUCAGUUCUGUGUAAAGUAUAGCUGGGUGGCAUAUAGACAUUCUAUCAUUAGGAUAAAUAUUUCUGUUAGGAAAUUGAUUUUGUCUGCAAAAUGAUCACUGUGCUGAUGCAUAGGUACCAUGUAAAAUAUAGCUAGAGAUCCUGAGGCAGACCUUUGUAAGUAAAUAUUGAAAUUCUCUCAAGGCUCAUGCAUGGUAUUGCAGUAUGAACACUCUAUUUAUAGCUGGUUUAUAUUUAAGCCCUUUACGCAAGAAGUAAUAUGUUGGUUUCAUCAUACUCCUGUUUCUGGCUGUGUCUUGGAACAGCAAAAAAUAUAUGCUUAUCCUGAAUUUCCAAGGUUGCCUCUUUUAACACUAUUAGAUUUUACUGGCCACAUUGCUAAAUUACUUUCUUAGUGACGGAAAUCUUCUCUACACCACUUCCAUACAUAGAUCUCUUCACCAAAUCAUUAUAAUGGAAAAGAUCCAGUGGGACAUGUUGUAAGUCUCAUUGCUCAGAAACAUCUUAAAGGUAAAAGGUAAAAGACCGCUGUUGUCUUUGUCCAUGGAGUUUUCUUGGCAGGGAUACUGGAGUGGCUUGCUGGUUCCUGCUCCAGGUAGUGAUGUAUGGAAGUGAGAGCUGGACCAUAAAGAAGGCUGAUUGCCGAAGAUGCUUUUGAAUUAUGCUGUUGGAGGAGACUCUUGAGAGUCCCAUGGACUGCAAGAAGAUCAAACCUCUCCGUUCUUAAGGAAAUCAGCCCUGAGUGCUCACUGGAAGGACAGAUCCUGAAGCUGAGGCUCCAAUACUUUGGCCACCUCAUAAGAAGAGAAGACUCCCUGGAAAAGACCCUGAUGUUGGGAAAGAUGGAGGGCACAAGGAGAAGGGGACGACAGAGGACGAGAUGGUUGGACAGUGUUCUUGAAGCUACCAGCAUGAGUUUGACCAAACUGCGGGAGGCAUUGGAAAACAGGAGUGCCUGGCGUGCUCUGGGCCAUGGGGUCACGAAGAGUCGGACACGACUAAACGACUAAACAACAACAACAACAAAAAACCCCUGGACGGUUAAGUCCAGUCAAAGGCGACUGGGGUGCGGCACUCAUCUUGCUUUUCUGGCCAGGGGGACUGGUGUUUGUCCACAGAAAGCUUUCCAGGUCAUGUGGCGAGCAUGACUAAACCACUUCUGGCACAACAGAACACUGUGACAAGUGCCAAAGCACACAGAAAUGCCAUUUACCUUCCCACUGCUGUGAUACCUAUUUACCUACUCGCACUGGUGUGCUUUCGAACUGCUAGGUUGGCAGAAGCUGGGACACAGCAACGGGAGCUCACCCUGUCACAUGGAUGCGAACUGCCAACCUUCUGGUCAGCAAGCCUAAGGGGCUUAGUGGUCUAAAACCUACCUGACAGAUGUCUGGCCAACAUCUGCUGCAGGAAAGCAAAUGUGAAAAACUCCCUAACAGUUUUUGUGCUACUGUUCUUUUAGUUAGGAAGUUCUUUCUUAUUCUCAAUGCAAAUGUCCAUGGUGGCUAGAAUCUCUUUAUUUCUGUGGAUAAAAUAUACUGAUGUCCCUCUUCCUGCUCUCUAUGAUUUGUCCUCCUUUCAUCUGAUCCAUCUAGCUCAAUAUUGUUUAUACUGACUGGCAGCAGCUCUCCUGAUUUCAAACAGGGGUCUCUACCUGGAGAUGCUGAGGAUUGGACCUGUGACUUUCUGCAUGUAAAGUAGAUGCUCUGCCACUGAACUAUUUCCCCCAUUCAAAUCUCCUGUUACUAUAGGAUCCAAGCAUAUCUCUUUGACAUAGGAACUGCUUCCAGUUUGGUCUGGUCUCAUGCCACUACCAGAGUUCUGGAAAUCUGUCAAAUGGGCAACAUAUAAAUAAUAAAGUUGUUGUUGUUACUACACGAAAGUAAUACAGUGGUACCUCAGCUUAAGUACUUAAUUCGUUCCGGAGGUCCGUUCUUAACCUGAAACUGUUCUUAACCUGAAGCACCACUUUAGCUAAUGGGGCCUCCUGCUGCCACCGCGUGAUUUCUGUUCUCAUCCUGAAGCAAAGUUCUUAACGCGAGGUACUAUUUCUGGGUUAGCAGAGUCUGUAACCUGAAGUGUAUGUAACCUGAAGCAUAUGUAACCUGAGGUACCACUGUACUAGUAAAAAUAGUUAGCAAAAUGUGUACAUUGGUCAAAAUUGCAUAUAAAGUGCUUAUUUGAGGAAAAUCACACUAAAAUGCUGAUGAAUUUUCAUAAGGAUUUUUUUAAAAAUCACAAAUAGCUGCAAAAUGUGGAUAAUUUAAUUUAAGAUUGGGAAAAAGAGAAACAGAGAGAAGUGAAAUUGACAGAUCAUUCUAUUGUUGAGAGCUAUAUAUUGAACGAUGGAGCAGUGAGGACAAGGGAAUCUUUGUAGGUGAGCAAACAAAUUUUCAGCGUGAGUUGGUAUCCUGAUUAAUUUAAAUGACAGGCAGUUUUGUACCCCCCCACCCGUUUCUUGCAGUUAAUGGGGAAGACCUUGGGAGUGACACAGCUUUGUGGCAGGGAACUGCUGAAUCAGAAUAAAUGUGUACAAAAACACUUUAUGUUAGAGUUACAAACUAUGCAGUAAUACACACAUCUCAUGUUUCCUUCCUAGCUAACCACCAAUUAUCAGAAUGGCAGAUCAGUUCGGGUCCCAGAUGAAUUUUUGAAAUGUUUAACUGUCUUGCUUACUCAGAUGAUUCAUUAGGUUGGGCAACAUUUGUGUAGGUUUGAUGAUGAGCAUAUCAUUUCUAUCAUGCACACAUUGUCUACAGCAGACCAAACACUAGGAUUGAUUCUAACCUAAUUAAUUUGACAGAGCCAAAGUUUAUUUAUUAAUUUUCUUAGCAGUCUUUGAACUGAAUUUAGUUCUUAAGGUAACUUAUUAAAAAUAACAAAUAAUAGCUUUAAAGUUUAAGGCAACCACAUUUAUUAAUAUUGUAAAUUAAAAUAUUAACAUACAGCAAGGGGAAAAAAUCAACAAAAUUAAAAAGUAGAGCUUCCACUUAAUUAAAUAAAUCUUAGUUGAUUAAUUAUAUGAGUUUUAGUCAGUUAAUCUGUUAAUUGAUUAAAUUUGCACAUGAAAAAUAGUAAUUUUAAAGAAAACAACAAACUUUGUUUCAACAUUACACAAUGUAUAAUUGAAUGAUGGAAAGCUUCUUUUGAAAGAUGUUCCUCACCAUCUAUAAUUUUGGUAAGCAUUAUAUUAAAAAUAAUUUUAAAAAUUAACCUGCUUCCCAAUUAACUGGGGGUACUAUUUUAGACUAGAAAAAUAUUUUAAUUUUUUUAACCUAAGAAAUUAAUAAAUAUUAUAUUUUAACCCUACUUUAAAGGCAUUUUGUAUGUUCAUCUUCAGAUGUUUCUGAAUAAAAGAAGCAAGCAGCAGGCCCUGUGAGGCUUUUUAAAUAGCAAGUUAGAGUAAUCUCACCUAGAGGUUACUAGGGUCUGGUUUCUGGAGAAGGAAAAGGGAAGUAUGACCCUAUGGCUCCUGCUUCAUCUCUUAAUGGCUCUUGAUAGCAUAAGCCAUGGCACACAUCUGUGUCUCUUCCAUUAGUUGGAGUGAGUGGGCACUGUUUUAUUGUGGUGGUGCUCCUGCUUAGGAGGUCCAUUUCAGAGAGUAGCAUUCUUCGGCAUCUUUGUAGUUGGAACGCUGUGUGCUGCAGGGUGCUAUUUUGCCUCUAGUGCUAUUCAACGUUUAUAUGAAGCCAUUGGGGGGCGGUCUUAAGGAGAUUUAGAGCACCGUGUCAUCUGUAUGCUGAUUUUAUUCGGAUCCAAGCCACUCUGAAAGUCCAGUUGAAAUGGGUUCACGUCUUAAAGCAGGGGACUGUUUAACACAGCUGGAGUACAGCGGGACACAAAGAUAACGAUAUAUAUUUCUAUAAGAAGUUUUCAAUACCUUGUAUUUUGCUUUCUUUUCUGAUUAAUAUAUUGGAAGCCAGAUUUCAGGUAGAUAUUGCCUGAAAAUUCCACUUGUAAUUAUGCAUGUCUGCAGUGAGGAGGGUUUAGUGCACUGAAUCUAAAAUUCACAGUUCUCUGAUCAAAUUUUGCUGUUGUAAUAAAUUGAGGAAGCUAUACUCUCUCCAUACUUGUUUUACAGUUCUAAUUUAAGAUAUUUCCCAGAAUCUCCACACACAGACCUGGGAUUAAGCCCCAUUUGACUAAAUUUGUCUUAGUUCUGAGUAGACAUGUAUAAGAUUGUACAAUGGUACCUUGGUUUACGAACUUAAUCUGUUCCGGAAGUCUGUUCUUAAACCAAAGCAUUCUUAAACCAAGACGUGCUUUCCCAUAGCAGUGGAGGACUCAAUUUACAAAUGGAACACACUCAACAGGAAGCGAAACAUGUUCUUAUUCCAAGGCAAAUUUGACAAACCAAAACACCUACUUCCGGCUUUCCAGUGUUCUUAAUCCAAGUUGUUCAUAAACUAAGCUGUUCUUAAACCAAGGUACCACUGUACUGUUACCCUGCAUCUAACCCACGGAAGAGUGGUGGUUCUAGGUUAUCAUGCAUUAGGCUGCCUUGCUAGUCUUGUAUUCGGGGGGUGGGGAUGCAUAGGAAGCUAUUAGAACAACAACAAAAGGAUAUUUCUGCUAAAAUAGCAAAUUAUCAAUCCAGAAAUAAUUAUAGAUUUUGGGUAAGUAUGUUAGAACACGCCUUAUUGAAUGUUUGUAGAAAGUUGUGUCACUCUGCCCUUGUAGUAUGUUUUCUCCUUUAGCCGUGUGAAGUCUCAGCAGCUUCUCUGUGUUAGAUUUUUCCUCCCGUCAAACAAGCUGUCAUUUUGCACAUCUAUAUGUCAAUUUUGCUUUCCCACUUAACAAUUCUUCUAGCUUCAGCUGCUGCAGAUUUAGGCUGAGAUCCAGAGGGGCACAGGCUACCGUCUGCAUGCGCACCCAAUUUUAUUUUGAGUUUCCCUUGCAAAAGCUGCCCUUUCAAUGUCUAUAAAUGACUAUUUAAAACCCUCCGCAUUUAAAAAACAGUAUGUGGAUUUGGCAGAAGAAUUGAUUUAAAAGAAAACAACAGUUGCCUAGAAGUUAGGGUAAAAUAUUUCCCCAAAAUUGAUAAUAGAACACUAAUGUGUAAGUUUUACAAUAUCAUAUUGUUACAAUAAAAUUCAAAACUUCACUCAAUAUGUAAAUAUUGUUAAGAAUAUUACAUCUAAAAUUCAAAUCAUUCCUAUGAUAAUAACAAAGUUAUCAAAACAUAAUUAAUUCUGAUAAUUUCAAACGGUAUUCAACCUUAUCUGCUUUUUAUUGUAUGGUCUGUAUUAACUUGCUAUUGUUUGCUUAAUAUGUUAUUGUUUAUUUCAUUUCAUUUGCUUUUAUGAGUACCUCUUUUGGCAUUAGCAACUUUUGUAUUUUUAAAGAAAUACAUUCCAUAUUUUAAAGUAGCCAAGUUGUGAAGGUAAAAUAAGAUAAUGGAAUAAUUUUUCAGAAGGAAGGGUCUGGUCAGGUAGUUUGUCUAGCAUUGGCAGCCAAUUUGGAACUGGGGGUGUUCCGUAAGUGUCAUCCCAGUAUUAGGUGAGCUCAAAGUGCUUUAGAUUUGUGUCUGGUCAUAUUGAGUUCCCUUCACAGCCUCCAUUCUUCCCUUCCUUCCCUAUUGCUACCUCUACUUAGUGGCAGGGUAGGAUCAAUGGACAAUAGCUUGAUUUGGCAAUGCCUGUUUCAAAUUGAGCCCAAAACAGUUUGUCUUUAAUUCUUUAUAAGAGUAUGGAAUGGGAGGUACUGCACCAAAGGAAUAAAGACUUAAGGAUUUAGACUAAACUAUUGGCUUAGUCAUGGGACACGGGUGGCGCUGUGGGUAAAACCUCAGUGCCUAGGACUUGCCGAUCGUAUGGUCGGCGGUUCGAAUCCCCGCGGCGGGGUGAGCUCCCGUCUUCGGUCCCAGCUCCUGCCCACCUAGCAGUUCGAAAGCACCCAUAAGUGCAAGUAGAUAAUUAGGUACUGCUUUAUAGCAGGAAGGUAAACGGCGUUUCCGUGUGCUGCGCUGGUGCUGGCUCGCCAGAGCAGCUUCGUCACGCUGGCCACGUGACCCGGAAGUGUCUCCGGACAGCGCUGGCCCCCGGCCUCUUAAGUGAGAUAGGCGCACAACCCUAGAGUCGGACACGACUGGACCUAAUGGUCAGGGGUCCCUUUACCUUUACUUUAUGGUUUAGCAUUACAUGAAUUAGUUCCAAGAGCAUCUGACUUGGGUUAGCUAGAACUAUUCUGGAUUUCCAAGCUGAAAUUGAAUUGAAUACAGUCAUGUGAACCUAUGGCAGGGAAGAAGACCUUGUCAAGCAGAGGGUCUGUUGUAUAAGCAGCUAAAUGAUGUGAUUUAAUUUUAUUUUUUUACAAGACUGAAGAAAUCUUGGGUAAAGGCAUGUUUUAUAUAUACCGUACAUACUAAAGUAUGCUGAGAGUCUUUAUCUGUAGUGUGUUAAAAAGAGAUUUUUUAAAUUUGAUAUUACAAAUUUGAAUUUAUGAUAUAGAAAACCCUGACUGUGUGGUCUGAAGUUGACAUUCAAGAUCAAUUAAACUGCUGAAGAAUGCUCCAGUAUGAAUUAAGCUGCAGUAUGAAUGCAUACUGUCAAAAUGCAUUUGGCAAUUUUAACAAGGGAAUUAUUCAUAUCUGUAUAACGUUUAUUUUCAUUUUCAUGAAUUCAAUAAAAUUAAAGAUUGGGUGAGAACUGAAGGCAGCAGUGCUCAGGUUAUAAGGACACUCCUGCUCAAAUGGUUGCAAGCAUAAUUGAGGUGAGAGCAGUACACCUCAUGCAGGUCUACUGACUCCAUUUUGCUUGAACACCCAGCUCUUGACCAGCUGCUACCUUGACCCCAUCUCCAGGAACAAAAAUACCUCAACUUGGAGUACCAAAGAGCUCCAAUUAAGAUUGGUGGGCUGUGGUAGGCUGCCCAUAUGGUGGCAAAUAACACUCAAUGUGUUUGUUCCUCCUAGGGAACUAUGGACCAGACUCUGAGCCCCUUUAUUCCCCAGUAGGCACUGACAAUCUGUGUAGCAUUUCCAGCAGGACAGGUGACCCUCUGGCAUCUUUUACUCUCUCUCCCAAAAUUGAUUUUUUUUAAUCCUUUUGGAAGGGGGACAUAAUAACAGUCAGAGGAGUAGAGGCAUUUAUACACUUUGAGCAUUUAUUUCAUAUUUAAUUUUGAUUUUAUUUUUAUUACAAUAAUAUUACACAUUAGUACUCUGCCAGAAAAGUUUGUUUGUUUUCAGAUCAGGCCCCAGCUCCUUUGUAAACACUUCACUAUUUGUUGGUUAUCAAUUGCCUCCAAUUUUAUGUAUUUUUCAAAGGAAAAUUUCCACAAACUGCCGUGCACCCUUGUUUACUCUAAUUUGCACUGCACUAAUAGCAGCUCCUUACAAAGAAUAUUUUUUUGUUUUUUUACAACGGCAGCUCAUAGUUCACAUGCUUACAGUGUGACCCUAGGUAUGUCUACAAUUGAAGUAAGCACCAUUGAAUGCACUUAGGCUUACUCCCAGGUAAGUGUGUAUAGAAUUGCAGCCAUUGUCUUCUUGCUUGACACAAUUACCAUAAUGAUCCAGGUUUUUCAGCUUCACAGUGUGUGCUGCAGUAGUGCUUGAUGAAAACAUAUUUUACUUAAAAUUGUGCAAAUGAAGAUAUUAACUGUCUUAACUGAGUUAGUCAAGACCAAUUUUUCAUUCACAGAGUAAGCUAGAAGCUGAACUUCUACCUUUUUGUUAUGAAAAGCAGACUGUAUUUCAAGAAGUGAACUUCAGCCAUGUGUUCUGUUUUUAAAGUUUGUUGUACGUUUGUUAGUUUUGAUUCCCACCCCCCAAAAAAACUAUUGCAGGAACCAACCACUAUGACAAGGCGUCUAUAGAUCGAGAAGCAAGUGUUGCCGCACUAAAGCAUGAAGGUGCAAAUAUUUUCACCCGCUUUUUGUUUCAGGCAGCCUCACCGCCUCCCACACACAGCAUUUCACUUCAGCACUAUUUUAAAUUGUAAAAUACCUAUAUUGCUGUUUGGGCUUUUGGGUGGCUCAAAAAGUAGUUUUGUGUUAGCUUUUGAGAAGGAAGUGUUCCCCUCCAAUCAAAAAAUUAUCCAUAUGAAAUAACCAAGUUCAUCUCCAGCCAUACUCCUAAUGUCUUCGUUUGCAGCACGACCUAAACCAGCCAUACCCCUCUGUGGACCUCAAAGACUUGCAACCCCCUUCACAAACCCCUCAAAUUUAAGGAGGCAAUAAGGAUGGCUGGAGCCAGAGUUUUUAUUACACCCUAGAACGCUGCAUCAGAACCUCAGGCCUCAGGCCCCUGGGAAAUGAAGUUUCUGAGGGUCCUUAAUAAGAACUCAAUCCCACUGAAAGUUCUUCCUCUUUGCAUUCUGGAGGCCUCCAAGCCAUUCUUCUCUGCUGCCGCUGCUGCCGCUACCCAGUAGAUUUGAACUGGAAGAGAAAUGGGCAUCUGUAGCUAGGACUGCCAGACAUGCACUGUAGAGUGAUUUUGGAUUUGUAAUGAGCAUGAAACUUCUGAACUUCGGAAGUUAAUUCUUGGGUGCCCAUAUAUAUAUAUAUCUCACUACAGUUGCCUUGCUUGUAGCUUUCAAACUUUGUAGUAUUCAAAUACAGUGCUGUCUUAUAUGAAUUUAAUGCUAUGUUACUGAAAACCUGCCUGAAACUUUGGUACUUGAUUAUAUCUGUGUUUGUUUUCAUGUAGAAUUGCAACCUUUCCAUGAUGUCAUAGGGUCCUGAUUAUUAAUAGCUUGUGUUUUUUCAAUUAGCAAAUAAGAUAAGAUUUAAACUUCCAACAGCAGCAAACCGUUGUCUUUACAGAUUACACUACAGUAAUCACUUAAAUGAUUUUUCCCCCUUUUAAAAUUCUGAAAUAUAUUUUGCAUUUUCACUUUGGGAAACUUCAGCAACUCCCUUGGAGUGUAAUGUACUUCAAUUUUUUGCAGCCUAAUAAUUAUUUUAUAAAUAUCAGAAGUGCAGUGCACUUAAUUCUUUAGCUGAAGGCAUUAUAUUCAGUUUCUGUACACUGCUUCGAGCUUGCUCCAUUUAAUCAUUUUAAAAGCUUAGUUGGUGUAAAUUGAAUUUAACACUGUAGUUGCAAGGGUGUUAUGUAAAAAGUCCAAAAGGAGCGCUUAUGGCACAGGAUCUUAUUGAUCUUAAACUCUCUAGCACCCUCUGUUGUCAUGUACAAGCAAUAUCAAGUGUAUUAUCUUCUUUAACAACCGGAUAGCUAUCAAAUUUAUCAAAGUAUGUUUGACGCAGAUCUUUCAAAUAUGUACUUGGUCGCUUGCAUAAUUUAGCAAAAGUUACAUUUUUUAACUAAAUCAAGCUUUAGUUUCUAUCUUACUGCGUUCAUCAAAUGGCGAUAUUUUCAUUUGUUGUAGCCUUUGAAAAAGACUCACUCUGUUUUGUGUGGGGUUUCUUUUAAAGAGAUGCUCAAAUUCUGCAGAUUUCAUACACAUGAGCUUCAGGAGUAAAAAUUGUCUGUUUUCUGUAUACCCUGAAAUUGUUUCUGUACUGCUUCAAAACUGGAAGAACCUGAAAUUGUCCGUACUAAAAUUAAGAAUUUAUAACUGUAUGGAACAGAUGUUUUCAUAAACAUUUGCUAUAAUUAAUUUCAACAGGGGGAUUGGAGGAACAAAGCAGUUGCUCCCUUCUCUAAACUUAAAUGCCUUUUUCCCAUACAGCAAACCCAGAAAUCUUUUCUUUAAUACUGUUAAUGAAAUAAAUUUACUUCUCUGUUUGUUUUUUUACAACAAAAAAGAAAACAUUAAUUUUGCAUUGUAUUCUUAUCUUUGAAAUGGUGGAAAAGCAUUCUGUAAACAGUGACAUUAUUUAUCUUAGAUAAGUCUUUAAAAAAAAUCAAACUCUGUUACAUAAAGGGUCUCCUUACUACUAUGUUAGUAGUAUUAUAUAAGGAGGUAAAAAUCACGGGACAUAUUACAGUAUAUGGAAUAGUGUUGUAUAUUGAAGCUUUUUAUAUUUGGCACCACUAUCUUAUUUUUUUAUUUUUUGGUGGGUGAUAUAUUUUGAGGGAAAUAUCUGUUAUCAUUAUUGCUGAUUUUUUUUUUAAUUAGUAAAUGUGCUAUAUUCUAAUAAUAUGUGUAUUCUGGCCUCCAAGUUGUUGUUAAUUGAAUUUAUACCCUACCUUGUGACCUCAGCAAUUUUCUUCUAAAGGCCAUGAUUCAAAAGCAGUACAUAUUAGCAACCACAUUUGAAUAUCAUGUUUACUGUUGCUACAGAGAGGGGAAAAAUAUCCACUUACCAGAAUCUUCUUUACCAUCUUUGAUGGCAAUUUAUUUUCCUCACUAUUUCUGCACUUUAUAAAAAUACCGCUUAAUUGAGAGAGCAUUUUUUUAAAAAAAGUUUUAAAAUAAGCACAGCCUAAUUGUUCUACACCUGAAAGCUCUACUGCAGCUGCAAGAAAUUUUGAGCAAACCAGUAUUCUUGACUGAUCUGUCAUCUACAAAGUGUGCAAAGAAAAAUAGGUAGCUGUCAUUAAAAUUACAUUUCAGCUUUCAAUAACCAUUUAAUGAGUAGUGUAAUUAUAUAAGUAUGGUACCUCAAGUACUUCACUCAAUAAUUAAAAAAUAAUCUCAUCUUUAAAGUGAAAGCUCUAAUUAUUAUUUGACUUAACCAGGACCACUGUUAUGAUCUCCAGUGGCAUCUCAGAGUGUUUUGAAGGUAUAAAUUAAAGCUGAAUAAAUCAUUAAAUUAUUAAGCUUUAAAUAUGCUAAAAUAAAAGUAUGUGGUAUUUUAAAAAUAUGCUACUGCAAUUUGUAACUUCAUAAUGUAAGCAAAUUCUUCUCUAUUACUUUUUUCUUCUCAGAGAUCACAAAUUAUGCACUUUUAAAUAUAUAUAUGCAUAUGAUUUAGUCUUUAGAGCAGAAACCGGGGGUGAUUAUUACCAAGCAUUAACCAUGAAAACAUGAUUUAAUGCAGUUCUAGUUUCUUAGCAGUAAUGCAUCAUUUUAUUUAUAGGCUGGGAAGAUAGAAAUUUGAACUACAAAACAUUUUGUCAUUCAAAGCAAAAUCCCUUUUCUCAUACUUUCCAUUUGUACAAAUAUUGUCAGCCAGCCACCGUAUAGCGUUACAAAGUGCGGUCAUAUCUAGUCUUAGCCGAAAGAGUGGUCAAAUCUAAUCUUAGCUUAAAUAAAUGAAUAUCAUUUCUUUCUCUGCAUGAUCCCAUAUUUAAGCACCAAAGUAUGUGGAUAAGUGUGUGUGCGCUACACGCUUUCACCAUAUGGUAAUUGACAUGAUUGCAGCACUUCUAAGCAACUGCAACUGCGGAAAUCACUUCAAUUUUAACAUAUGUAUCAUAAAACAUUGCACAUUUCUGCAUGUGAUUCUGUAUCCCAUGGCUAGAAUUGCAUGCCACAGUAUAUUAAUUGGCAUUCAGAAGAACAUGCAUGGCAAUCUCAUAACAAGGUAUUGGUGUUGGCAGACCAGAAACAUAUAAUAGUGACUACUCUAAUCCCUAUUCAUGGAGGCUGUACCAUUAUAUCUUGUGCCCACAAGAUUUCACUGCUCAUGCCUGCAUCAAGAAGCCCUUGUAUUUUUGGCAGAAAAUAAGCAAUUAGACACAGUCGUACCUUGGAAGUUGAACGGAAUCCAUUCCGGAAGUCCAUUCGACUUCCAAAACCAAAGUGCGGCUUCAGAUUGGCUGCAGGAAGCUCCUGCAGCCAAUCGAAAUCCCCGUCGGACGUUUGGCUUCCAAAAAUAGUUUGCAAACCGGAACAGUCACUUCCGGGUUUGCAGCAUUCGGGAGCCAAAACGUUUGAGCACUAAGCUGUUUGAAAACCAAGGUACGACUGUGCUUAUCUGAUAGAGAGCUGAUCAGGAAUAUAAAACUCAGUUUAUUGGGAAAUAGAGUGUUAACCUAUAGGAAUAAGUCCCAUUUCACUCAGUGGGGCUUAUUUCUGGGUAGACCCGGGCUCCUUCUGUCAAGAACCCCCAAGAACCCUUGGAAAUGUAGUUUACUAAGGGGCUGAGAAUGGUUAGGAGACCCCUAUUUCUCUCCCAGAGCUACAGUUUGCAGCAUGGUUUAAGAAUUAACCCCUCUUCCCAUGGAACUCUGGAAAUUGUAGCUCUGUAAGUAGAAUAGGGUUCUUCCAGCACCCUUAGCAAACUAAAUUUCCCAGAAUUCUUCAUGGGAAGCCAUAGCUGUUUAAAGUGGUAUGAUAGAUAUCAUGUCGAUAUGGGAUUCUACUACAUGGCACCACAACCACACUUUGGGGUCUAAUUUUAUAUCUUGGAUUUUACGUAAAUUGCACUAAAUCAUGCCUUUCCUUGGAUGCCUAAGAAAUUUAUGAAUGGUUCACACACACAUGUCUUGGUGUCUUAUAGCUGAAUUUGUGUCAAAAUUUUGUUUCUUUGAUUAUCACUUCUUGCCUAGUCGUUAAGUGAUGUCCAUGCAUGUGUAAACCAGCUGAUAGACCCUUCAAAGUUGGGGCUCAACCAGUGCAUCUCCUCUGUAUUUUUUCCCUUCACAUUAAUGAACUUAAUCCAUACAUUUUGAGAGGCAGAUUGCAUCAGGGUUGAUUCAACUCCCAGUGGUCCAAUCUUACUGUGCAAAGAGCUGGUACUUCUGUACAUCCAUGCCACUCUCCUUUAACCUGCUAAAAACCUCCCUUUAUCUUCCUAGAUAUGUCAAAUGAGAAUGGAAGACUGCAUCAUACUUCGGAUUCUGAUGGAACAUUUCUUUCAUAUAGGUGAGAGUUUCUCAUGCUUUCUGGCUCCUGAGAAAUAAAAUUCCAGUUCAACAACAUAUGAAAUCAUUUUUGUCAGCAUUUAAUUUGAAUUUCUUCCUUUAAUUUACUUUUGCGAAAAGCCCUGUGCCAGUCUCUGGUGCGACUCCAGAAACUGGAGGACAUUUCAGGGAAUACUGUAUGCUGAAGUCACACCAGUGAUUGGAACAGAUUUCAUGGUGUGUGGUAUUUUCAUUUGAAGGAAGCUCUCUCUCUCUCUCUCUCUCUCCCACACCAUUUUUGGGUUAAAGUCUUUUUGUCUUUCCUAGAAUCCUCACUCUGGAAUUAUCAGCAUUUCCUAGCAAAUUGUUCUUCUUUCAUGGCUAGUCACAGAAAUUAGGAUCAGCUUUUAUUUGUACUUGUCUGCCUAGAGCUACUUAGUUUACUUAGACUUUUUUAAACUCCAUAUUAACUCAAUACAAAUAAUUUUUAGACCUGUGAUCAUGGCUGGCUCCAUGUUUGAGAGCAUAGUGUCCUCUAACAGGUCCCCUAUCCUGUCAAUGACACAUGCAGGCUUUCCUGGCUACAGUAGCACCACUCCAAAUACUACUGGGUUGCAGAGUCUAGGAUAGGCAUGACCAAACUUGGCCCUUCAGAUGUUUUGGGACUACAAUUUCCACCAUCCCUGGUACUGUUAGCUAGGGAUGAUGGGAGUUGUAGGCCAACAACAUCUGGAAGGCCAAGUUUGGCCAUGCCUGGUCAAGGAAGUAAUUUAAUUUCCCAUAAUUAAAGCAGUGCUGGAUCAGGAGCAUUGUAUGUAGAUCCAAUUGCUUGGUGCUGAUUGGGUUGUCAGUACCUUGCCCAAGGUACAGAGGACCUGUCAAGAAUGACAGGUCCUGAUGCCAGCUCUGCCUAUCAUAUGAACCUGAACUGCUAACCAAUAAAGCCAUGGGUUACUCAUUGACUGUUGACCAUGCUGAAGUUUGGUGUUUUCAGAAAGAAUUACAAUUGUUUGCAAUGGCUGAAGGCCUUCUGCUGGAGUAUCAUAAACCCUGGUUUUACUUGAAGGUGACAUGUAACACUUGAGAUUGGGGUCUUGGUAUGAGUAACAUCAAAGGGUGUUGCCUGGCUAUGUAGCCUUCAUAGCAUUUUAGUGAUGAAUGCAAUAUUGAAUAAGUGUUUUGAAGUAUCUGAACAGAAACACUAGAAGAAUCCAUGAACAUUGAGCAUCUGUUGAACAUCCAACAGAUUUGUAGCGUAUGUUAGUUGACCUCUGAGAAAAGUUUUGUCUUUUGCAAGAACAAUGUUUCUGUGAGAACAGGAAUUCACAAACUGAAUAGCUUCCUUGAUUUCUCUGAACUUUUAAAAAAAAAUAUUUUCUGUAUUAGCUUCCAAAGGAGAAAACAAGAGCUAUGGUCUUGCUAUCUUCAACCAUAGAUUACUAUUUUGUCAAGAAGUGGAGGCUCCAAAAUAUAAGUGACCGUAGGACUCUUAAAUAGAGAUGUAGAAGUUAUUUGAUAGACAGAUGAGUGACAGGAUACAACAGCACACAUUGAAUUUUGUUGGUUUAACAGUAGGUCUCAUAGCACUUGAUAUGUAUAAUUAAUGUCAAAUUGAGUCCAACUUUCUGGAUAAUCAGAAAAUAGAGCCUUAGUGCCCCCCCAUCUAAAUUCUGCUGAUUGCCACAUAGUCAGGUGCCAUAGCCCCAAGGCUUCUUGGUUACAAGAUCGCUGAAUAAUAAUUGUGCUUUGAAAGUAAGUGAUAAAGAACGACUUGGCUAAAAUAAUACUAAACCAUUUUUAUCAUAAAUCAGAGCCGGCCAUUAUUGCAGCACAGUAUUAAUUUAUUGGUACAAUUAGAAAGCGAAAAUGAUAGAGCUAGGUCAUAUGGUAUAUUAAAGAAGAAGAAGAAAGCCUUGGCUUUUAAUAGUUGGCAGACCCGACACUGCUAUUAAGUAGCAUUACAGUAUUUAAGGUGUGAAAUGAAUAUUUUAUUCUCAGUAAGAAGUAGCUCCAAACAUAUAAUGAGGCGAGCUGCAAAUUGUUUGGCUCUAAGUUCUAAAUUACAUUGCAAAGAACAGACAAGAACUUCAUGAGCAAAAAUGUGUGAAUGUUAAAGUAAAAUAUAGUUGUGGAAAAAUGUAAUGGUUUAGAAAAAAGGAACUGACCAGUAAUCCAUAACAGUGUCAUCACAGCAACGGUGGAAAAUAUAUUGAAAAUGUUUCUUUUCAAAUUGAUAUAUAAUAAAGUCAAACUAGGAAGAAGCAAUAGCUACAGUCAUUUAUGUAUAUGUAAAUCUCAUUGAUUUCAGUGGAAUUCAUGAACAUGCAACCCUGUACAGGGUUUUUAACAAAACAAAAGCAAAGCAGGAACACCUGUAUUAAAAAAGAAAAGAAAAAAGAAAACCACACAUAACAGCUAAAUGGCCAGGGGAAAUAAAAAAGGUAUUUGCCUAUGAGUAGAAAUAUAUCAAACUCUGUCAAGUCAACCAAGUUCUUGUUGGAAGCCAACACUGAAAAAUCCAUCUUGUGGGUCUUCACUCACAGACAUCAACCUCUGAAGGCAGGGGGACCUGAAGAAGACCCUCUCAGGAAUAUAUUGAGAGUUGGCAAACUGCUGGUGGAAGAGGCGGAUUGCUAAUACUUGCAAUUGAAACUGUUACAUUUGCUGUGGGUGUGUGAUUGCUAGAACCUCUAAAUACAAAGCACAGUUAAUAAUUUGAGGAAAUGAACUAUCCAUUUUAAUGGCAAUUUUUGCCCUUGAUACUUCCUGAGAAUGGUAAUUCUCUUAGUCAGCAAACGGUGGGCUCCAUCCUUAAUGCUGGCAAUACAGUGCCACUAGAAAGUAGAAAUACUGUCUUUCUCUCCUUCCCAAGGGCAGCUGACCUUCUCCUCGCCAAAGAGUUGAACCUCUUGCCAGCACAUAUGACUACAGACUAUUACAUUAAUCUGUUUAGCCACAGUACCAGCUGCUUGCAUGUUUUUAAUUAUCUUAUUAGAUGAUAUAAAAGUGACCUAUGAAAUAAAAUUGAAGGUGAGCAUUUUUAACUUCUUUUAUUUAACAGCUUUCCCCAAAAAUAUAUACUAAUGAAUAACUAAUUGGGGAGACGGACAAUUAGGCUUUUGUUUCUUACUCUGUAGAAUCUAAUUUUGAGGACAAAAUAACUUUCUUUAAGGAUUUUCUAACUACUGUUAAUUAUAUUUCACGUGUAACACGUAUACGUAUUAACAUUAAUAUCCCUUGUUUUACUGAGUUAUGAUUUCGAUGCAUUAUUUUGCAUAACAGUCUACUAAAUAUUGACACCUCAUGCUUUACAUAAUAUAAUUUUGUUUCCAAAUUAUUUUUCUUCCUAUUUCCUUGAAAAUAGUUUACUAGCUUAAUGUUGCUCAUUUAAAUUAUGCCCGUAUCAUCCAAGUUAAUAGUGCUUUGCAGAACUCUGUAAGAAAGACUUGUAAUAGAGGAUGUUCAAGCUAAUAUGGAUCUUCUUAAGGUGGUCUUUCUAGGAUCAGGCAAAUAAACAAUGUGUAUAUAAGGUGGGACCAGGGACGUGAGUGGCGCUGUGGGUUAAACCACAGAGCCUAGGACUUGCCCAUCAGAAGGUUGGCGGUUCGAAUCCCCGCGACGGGGUGAGCUCCCGUUGUUCAGUCCCAGCUCCUGCCCACCUAGCAGUUCGAAAGCACGUCAAAGUGCAAGUAGAUAAAUAGGUAGUGCUCCUGCGGGAAGGUAAACGGCGUUUCCGUGCGCUGCUCUGGUUCGCCAGAAGUGGCUUAGUGGCCACAUGACCCGGAAGCUGUCUGUGGACAAAUGCCGGCUCCCGUGGCCAAUAAAGCAAGGUGAGCGCCGCAUCCCCAGAGUCGUCCACGAUUGGACCUAACGGUCAGGGGUCCCUUUACCUUUUAUAUAAGGUGGGAGGGGUAGAUCAAGGCAGGAAUUGGUGACUGAAUGGUGCAGCAGGCUUUCUACUUGCUUCUAGUUGGGAGUUGAUUGUUUCACUCUUGUUCUAGCACUGUAAGGAUGAUUUUUUAGAAGUUAUUUCUGAUCCCACUUAAACAUUAUUUUCCAAGUCCACCUCAUAACCAGUUCACACGUAACUCUAAUUCAAACCAUGGCCAAGUGUGAACGAGCAAGCGCCCAGGCAGUCAGAGGAAAAAUCAUGGCUGCUUUGCUCCUCACCUAGUCUUGUUGCUACCUAGAACUUAGACUAGCUUGGCUUCGUACUACAGCUAAACUCAGUUUUGUGGUUUGUCCUUGCUCCAAGCAAGCCACAAGUGUUGAGCCAAGAACAAGCCCCAGCUACAGUUUGAGUGAGACAAACCAUAGGCCUAAGUUUGAAUGCAACACUCAGCCAAACUAUGGCUUAGCUGCUUUUCUUUUCUUUCUGCUUGCUCAUUCACACUUCAACUUCAUGGUUUGUCUUAGUGUUACAUGAGUUUCAUGCCAGCAUGAGACAAGAAAAAUGUAAGAGAGGACCUGCUUCUUGAGUGUCUCAACAAUGGGUCUCAGUGUUUUUCAGUAAAGGAUCACUUAUGCAACUGAAUGCUAGCACAUGUGAAUGGAACUGUAUUCAUAAUUAUGUGUAUCCUUGCUGAGUAGAUCCACUUGGUUUGCAAACCAGACUGAAAGCAAUAUGGUGUUUUCCUCUAUUUUCUUAAAAGUGGAAGUGUUCCUAGAAAUAUUGUGGUCUUUAUUUUGAAGGGAAAUGAGCCAUAAAAAAAUUGUAUAUGGCUCCUUUUGCUUUCCCUUCAACCCUGCUCCUGGUGCAAUGAUCACAGCCAUGUUCAUUUUUAGGGGGCAGGAGUAGUAGAACCCUUCCAUUUUAGGGUGCUGUUUGUUUCAGAGUGCUACAGCUUAGGCAGGGGCAAAGCCAAUACAUGUUUCUCCUCUCUACCUGUUUUAUGUUUCCCUGUCCCACAUAACCUUUUAUGCUGGGUGACUAAGGGGUCAUCAGGUUUCUCUGUAGAUCUAGAUUUGUCACUUCUUUACAGCAAGUUCCCAUGGAGAUUUUUGCUCUGCUUGUUGUACAUUGUCACAACCAUCCACAUUGGACUAGGCAGGGAUUAUUGCCAGCAUAGGUUUCUCCCCUCCACUUUGUGGACCACAGCUUUCCCCUUUUGCUUGCUUCUUAAAACCUGUGGUCCACAGAGUGGAGGAGAGAGAUCUAUGUUGGUUGUAUAAUUAGGAAGAGGACUGUAUGCCACAUCAUCCAUGUCACCGUAUAAACACAAAUUUCAAGCUGAAGAGAGAAGUGCUUGAGUUUUGGCAUGUUUGUUGGAGGAAUUACUCUUUCUGUCUCUCCCUUGUCCAUAUUUAUUAAAUUAUUGCAGUAUUUCCCUCCCAAUUAAAUGGACAGAUUUAGUCUACAAUUCCGAAUUAUCUCCAGGUGCAUCAGAGAAUGAUUCUGUUUUAUGAAACACCUGUUCAGCAUAUUGCAAUAAAAUUAGAUAAUAAUGUUAGCACAAAGAAGAGCUCUGACAAAAAAGCAGCCUUUGGAAAGGGUUAAGAACAUAAGAAGAGACUACUGGAUCAGGCCAGUGACCCAUGUAGUCCAGUAUCCUGUUCUCACAGCGGCUAACCAGAUGCGUAUGGGAAGCCUGCAAGCAGGACGCAUACACAAGAGCAUUCUGUCCUUCUGCGGUUUCUAGCAGCUGGUAUUCAGAAGCAUACUGCCCCUGACUGUGGAGGCAGAACCUAGCCAUUAUGGCUAGCGGCUACUGGUAGCCUUGACUUGCUUGAAUUUCUGUUAUCCUCUUUUAAAGCCUUCCAAGUUGGUAGCCAUCUCUGCCUCCUGUGGGAGUGAAUGCCAUAGUUUAACUAUGUGCUAUGUGGAGAAGUACUUUAUUUUGCCUGUCCUCCAAAAUUCAGCUUCAUUGGAUGUCCGAAAGUUCUAGUGUUGUGAAGGAAGAUGAAAACCUUUUCUUGAACCAUUUUCUUCACACCAUGCAUAAUUUUAUAUAUUUAUAUUGUGUCACCUUCUACUGGUCUCUUAUCAAAACCAAAAAGCCCCCCAGUGCUUCAACCUUUCCUCAUGGGGAAGUUUCUGCUUGAUCGUUUUGGCUGCCCUUUUCUGAACCUUUUCCAACUCUACAAUAUCCUUUCUGAGGUGAGGCAGCCAGAACUGUACACAGUAUUCCAAAUGUGGCCACACUACAGAUUUGUAUUAAUGACGUUAUAAUAUUGGAAGUUUUAUUUUCAAUUCCUUUCCUAAUGACCCCAGCAUGGAAUUUGCGUUUUCCACACCUGCUGCACACUCAAUCAACAUCUUCACUGCAACCCCAAGGUCUCGUUCCUGGUCAGUCACUGCCAGUUUAGACUUCAUAAGCGUAUAUGUGAAAUUUGGUUUUUUUGCUCUGACAGUCUUCACUUUGCGCUAGUUUACACUGAAUCACAUUUGCCUUUUCCCCGCCCAUUCACUGAGUUUGAAGAGGUCCUUUUGGAGCUCUUCACAAUCCAUUUCUGUUUGAAUGACCCUGAACAAUUUAGUAUCAUCAGCACUUUCUACAUUCCUCCAUUGGAAAAGAACUGUCCCUUUAUUCCUGAUCUCUGCUUCCUGUUACUUACCCCAUUCAAACAAGAGGACUUCUCUUAUAAUGCCUUAUAAUUCUAGUGGGUUCUAGUAACAUCAGUCACAGACAUGUGAGAAAUGGCAGACCUGGAAAUACAGCCAUUCAUGUCUGCAGUAUGAUUGACUCUGUCUCCUGCCUUAAAGGGAUAGUAGUGGAUGAAACAAAGGUCAGAGACAGAAGACAGUAUGAGCAGCCCACCUUGUGCCACCAUAUGUGUUGUUAACUCUCUGCUAUUGUGGUCAAUCACAUAGUUGUUGCUCCCUUGCUUAGAACCCGAGUACAGAGUAGAUCCAGGAGAGACUUGGUUUCUAUGACUAGGACAUGCAGGGAGCCAUCACUGCCAUAGAUUACCUUGGUGCUUAAGAAUCUUCUCCUUCUAGGACAAGCAGAGAUGGCAGGAACCAGUUUGUUAUGUACUGAAGUAUAUUUCACAGUUCCUACACGCAACACCUCUUCAUGGAGAGAGCUAAAGAGCUGCUUCUUGCCUUUGACCUUUAAUAUUGUCAACAGAGGGAAAGAACCAGAAAACUGGAGCAGUUGCCUCUUCAUCUCUUAUUUUUACAAACCACUUUAGUGGAAGCAUUCAUGGAAGUUUUUCCAAGAAGCAAAAAAUAGUAUUAAAAAAUAGUAAAUAGAAAAAUAAUAACUGGUGUUUUGGAGUCAUUUCUCUUCUGUAGCUAUAAUUUCAAAACAGCUCCAUUUAUUCUGAUAAAUCCCACCAUUCCUUUAAUAUCUUAUGUGCUUUAUGUUAAUGUCUUUGUCGUGGGUUUUUAAAGUUUAACAAGUACCAUCUCACACACACAGAUGGCCAUUGUUCAUUACUAAAGUGAGUGUGAAUUAAAAUAUUUAUUAAAAGUUCUUAAGCACAGUGGGCCUAAGUAAUGCACUGCAAUAAUGCUAUCAGGAUUCAUUUAAACUCCAAGCUCAAAUCAUCUUUGUGCCAGUGUGACUGAAAUUGACAGAUAAAUGGCACCAUGCUUCUGGUGGUGUUGAGUUGUUCUUUUUCAGAUCUUAAUCAUGCUGGCACUUCCUCCUUGGAGAGUGAAACUAGUCCAUAAGGUUUUUAGUGACCUAAAAGCAAGAACAUCUGCUGCAGAACCACAAGCAAGUUGUUGGCCAAGUUUAGUAGUUCGGGAGUCUGCAGAUGAUUGCAAAUACUAGAAUUUUAGUUUCAAGUAUCCUGUAGCAGACAAAGGUGCCAGAAUCUUUCAGUAACUCUGCGGUUAAUAGAUUUUAAAGUUAUUUUUUCUUUUUAUCAGAGAAUAGUGUUUGCAACCAUUGCAUCACAUGACACUAUUCAAACAAUUUGUCUAUUUCACCCACCUCUUUUGCUUUACAUGUGUGGUGGUGUUUAUCUGAGUGCCAUCUAUCAACCCCACCUUCUGUUGGUGAAACAUUCCUUAGUAGGUCUGGCCACAACACACACAUUUGUGCACUUUUUAAACUCACUUUCUGUGCAAAUCUGAAAUAUCAGAACAUUUGUAUCUUGAAAAUAAAAAUGCCACAUGCACAGGUAAACAAAUAUAUGUGCAUAUGCCCACAAUGGAUCUCAACAAUCUGGAAUUUAGGGAGAGUUGGGAAGUAGUCCUUGAGGGGAGAGGGGUUUGGGGUGCAACACACAGUGCCGUUACAUCUCAUCAAGUGCAGCCCACUAGCGUAGAUGAGAAACACUGAAAUAGAAUUCAGUUGAAAGUUCCCAUGGGUGAACUAAUGUGCACAAAAGGGCACAUGGAAAAUCAGAAUCUGUGCAACCCACAGAUCACAUUAACACACAGAUGUGAAAGCAGCCUGAGUCUUGGUCUUCAAGUACCUGACUUCAGAAGAAAGCUGAAGCCAGAGCUAUGAUCCAUAAAUGAGUGGUUUAGACAGCAGGCAGUAGGAAUCCCUCAGGUCCUAAAUACCUGCAGCUUUCAUUUUUCAUUUUGUGAACUUCUCCUGCUUCAUCUUAUUCCUUUGAAAUAAGUCCUUUGUAUCUCUGUAGUUCAUUCUUCCUUUUUUCCUAGUAACCAGGAUCCAUAUUUCCUGUGGUGGGUUCAUCUUGUUGGGCCAGGGGUGUGGGGUCAAAGAAGCAGCAAUCUCUCUCUCUCAUAUUGUGUUAUGUGAUGCUUCCAUGGCAGCCAUUCUGUGACUGACUCUGGCUUAACCCUCAAAAUUUAAAAUUGUUGCUCACUUGUCCAAAAAUGUUGGCAACCCAUUGUCUGUUGUUAGUAUCCAGCACAUUAAAUGGUUUGGGGACUGCAUCUUGUUGAUUUAUGAACAUAUAAAGUUUUAGUGUCUUACAGUGCAAUCCUGUGUAUGUUUACUCAGAAGUGGAUUAUAUUGUGUUCAGUAUUGCUUGCUCCCUAGUGUGUUUAGGUCACAUCAUCAGAUUCAGUUCUGAUCCCAUGCCCUACAUUUGUGACAAUGGGGCAAAAGUAGUUCCAGUUUUAUUCAUGUUUGGCUCUUUGGCUACCAUUGAUAUAGAAAGGUGGAAGCUGACAAUGUGGUAGUCUUCAGAUUUAUAUUGGACUACAGCUCCCAUGAGACCCAGCCACAUGGCCAAUGGCCAGGUAUGAUGGGAGUCAUAGCCCAAAAUAUUUCAAGGGCAGCAUAUUGGCUUUCCCUGUUCUGGAUAUUUGCACCUGUCCAUUAUCUGAAUGGAGUGAAAUGCCCAUCUCUGUCAAUCAGAUGAGAAAUGUCAAUUUAAGGGGGGCGGGGAGAUGUUUCAUCACCUCCAUACUCAACCCUUGACAACCAUAUGCUGAACAUUGAUACUUAAAAGCCACUUUACUCUUUGCUGUUUAUUAAAUUCCUUUGCCAAAAAUUUAAGACUUCUAAGCAUUGGAGAAGCAGAGAGACUAGCUGAGUGAUCUAUUGCAGGGGAGCAGGGAGCACAGAUUCUAUAGGAAGCAACUGCCUUAUUCAAAUCCCUGGGGACUCAUGGUGGUCAGGGUGGGAGAUGUGAGUGACCUCCCUUGUUCCAUUUCUCUCCCCGCUCCCUGGGAAUAAAUUAUGCCAGCUUCAGAACUAACAUGGUUUUGAGGCCUCUUGUGGAACCUUUUGGGAGAGUGAAGGGGCUUAGGAUCCUGUAAAGCUGUCGUCUCCUCUGACACACCUUCAGAAUGUCCUAUUUUGACCCCCACCACCCACAGGACAUUGCUAGUGGGACAGCGGCAUCAGUGAAGCUUUUCACUGCUGUCCUGGAGAUGUGCCAUUCUGCUGGCAGACAGCCGCCAUCUACCAUGGAGUGGUUCUUCUCGAUUCUAUGGCCCCUCACCUGCCUUCUCACAGAGCAUGAUAUUAUUUUAACUUGUCAGAUUGUUUCUGUAUAUGAGGAAUAACUGGUUUCUUGUUGCUAAAUGUGCACAUAUAGACUAUUUGUAUAUAAAGUUUUAUGAAAAUUAUGAAAUGACCACAUAAUAAAAAUACCAGGGAUACUUAAAUGAUAUAUUGGAUAAUUUUUAAUUUUGCUAGAUGGUUGUAUGGCUUUGUGGGUCAUUAUUUUAACCAAUGUCAGUAACAAAUAUGUCCUACACUCUUGUAAACUGUUUGCCUUUGUACUGCUAGUAAUUAUUUGAAUGUUAUUUUUUAAAAAAAAUCUAGGAGAAUUAAAAUGGAUCAAUCUUUGAACAAUUUCUAAAAUAUUUUUCUUUGUACAAAAAGCAGAAAGACUGUGUACAGUUCUUAAUUGCCUUUUCGAGACUGAGUUCCCUCAUUACCUGUGAUUUAAGCUAAAAAUGAAGUAAUUAUAGAUAACAGUGUUUAUCUGGUUGAUCUUGGCACCUGCAGUCCUAAUGCUGAAGCUCUUCCUGUUUCUGAGGCCAGGCUUUAACGUCUCUGGCUGGCAUUACUAAUCUGCAACUCUUACAUUUCUGCUAAAUUUCCCAUAAAAGUUUCAGACACUAUGCUGUGCAAAAAACAUUUUUUCUAGGUAGAAGACUUGGUAAAGCACACAUUUUUAUUAGUCGUGUUUUGUUCCUUCCACAGAACAAAUAGCUGGCAACAGAGGUUUCUGUUUUCCGCAUUUUCUUCUUUUGUGUCGUUUAUCAGAUCAGAAUAGUUUUGUAAAGUAUGUUGAUGUAUGCCCCAAUUCUUUUAAACAUAUGUCUGGAUUCUUUAUUCUAUUGUAUUUGCUUGAUCAGAACAAAGCUUAGCCUGCAAAAGUUUUUCUAGGAGUUGCACAUUACUUUGCCCAACAAAUACAUUGCCCAGUCUGGAAUCCUAGCAGUGACCUGGUUCUUGUGGAACACAGAGGCAAACCUUUUGCACGCAUGAGCAAAUGGUCAGGUCAGGAGCAAAGGCGAUAGUAGCUGCCUCCUUCCGCUGCUAAGGCACCACUUUGAGUUAGCAUUGAGGCACCACUUUGCAUUGUGUUAGCAUUAAGUUAGCAUUGAGGCACCACUUUGAGUUAGUGAGGGUACAGGGAACCAGACACAGGGCCUUCUCGGUAGUGGCGCCCACCCUGUGGAACACCCUCCCUUCAGAUGAGAAGGAAAUAAGCAGCUAUCCUAUCUUUAAAAGACAUCUGAAGGCAGCCCUGUUCAGGGAAGUUUUUAAUAUUUAAUGCUGUACUGUUUUUAACACUUGAUUGGGAGCCGCCCAGAGUGGCUGGGGAAACUCAGCCAGAUGGGCGGGUUAUAAAUAAAUUAUUAUUAUUAUUAUUAUUAUUAUUAUUAUUAUUAUGUUUGAACCCAGUCUCUUGGUUUGUCUUGCUCCACACAAAUCAAGAACUGUAACCAAUGUUUGGUCUGAGUUACCAUUCAUACUCUUAUCUGAGGAAGAAAAACCAUAAACCUUUAACUUUCACCAAAUGUGGUAACUGAGGUAUAGCCUGCUUUUACUUCAUGACCUACCUUCACCUUCUCCCACAAACCAAGGAAUCUCUGAUUUUGCUUAUGUAAAUACCUGGUGAGAAGAAGUUUUAGUUUGCCUUUGUCUUUGUUUUUGUUUUACUCAAAUUAUAUUUGUUAAUUCAGUGACUCAAGGAAGUCUUUGGGCUAUUUCACUUUAGAUCCUCAGGUGGGUGGUAUUGUUCUAGAGAUUCAGUUCAGUGGAAAAUAGAGAAAAUAUAGUUUAAUUCUUGUAUUCAAAUUCACUAAAUGGUUUGGGACAAUUAAUUUCCAAUUGUUUCCCAGUAGAGUAGAUUUACUUGUACAUUAAUGAAGCACAGGUGUUAGGCCCCUGGUGUCUUUGUGCCUAGGAGGCAUAUUUAGGUUGUUUAUCUAGUCAGCCGUAGGUACUGCAAGGUACUCAAGCUUGCCUUUAACAGUUUAUACAGUGAGGGGGUUUUUAAAAUUUAUUUUUUAAAAAUUUGCUAGCACCUGUUAAAUUUUUAAGACUGAUCAUGUAGAAAGAAGUGGAAGAGACUGCAAUAGUAAACAGCACUAAAAGUUAACAGAAGUCAUCUUCUAUUAUGCUUAACUGCCCAGCUUGACGUUAUGUAGAAAAGAGGCUUCAUUUAGGCAAAUGUGUCAUGUGCAGAAAUAACAGUCAACACUAUACUUCCUUGUACCAUAUUUUGAAAUUAGGUAUUCUUUCAAAUAGGUAUUGCUUUAUCUAUGGUUGAAACCCAAAUGUGCUUAUAUUAAUAUUCAUUUUUCUUGUUUAUUCACUGAACUGCAGUACCAACAUUUUAGAGGAAAUGGAAUAGCCUCCACAGACAUUAUGAAUUUCAGUAGCUGGCAUAAUUAUAGUGAUCUACAUAUUCAUUAAAUCCAGGGAAGAAAUGUGUCCAAAAAGACAACCAUGCGUUUAGAAAUAGCACACUGCUAAAUAUAUACAUUUAAAACUUCCUUUCCUUUUGUUUACCCAAAAUUACUUCAUGUUAUAUUGCUUCACAGUCAGCUAAGUCUUUAAUAAUAAUUUUUAAAAGUUCUUUUUCCCCCUGUUCAUUCCAUGUAGCAAAGAAUGGGAAGAAUUAUUUGUAA